GAGACCCGCCGAUUUAUUUAUAAUCCUUCAGAACGGGUUUACCCGAACUUGCUAAACACAUCGGCUGUGUUGUGGUUGUAGGCUGAAAUGUGUAAGUCAUGGUCGGUGCCGUGUUCCUAGCCACCGGAUGACUUUUGUAAACAAACUGUUUUAAAGAGUUUAUUCAGAGAAGAAUAAAAGUCGAACAGGUAAGUUAUAAGUUAUUUGUUAUUAAUAUAAUUUUAUAUAGAUCUAUAUUCUGGCCUAUAUUUCAAAACAAUAAACUGCAUGACAACCUUUGUUAAGUGGGUGACACCGUGUAAAUAAUUUAUGUACAGGCACGAGAAAGUACACAGAUAAAAUAAAACAAAAUACAGCUCUUCUCCUCUCCUGCGUAUCUAGACCCUAACUCCAACAUCUUACAUAACACUGGGAUUAUUUUCUGUUGUGUAAAUUGCUUGUUGAUAAAAUAAAUAAAAUGUGUUUGGUAUGUUACUGGAUUGUUUGUAGACGAUUUUAUUAAAAGUCACUGUGGUCCUUCUAACUGUUGAUGACAUCUUCACAAUGUGCCUCUGUCUGUAUUAGGGAUUGAAGUCUUGUAGGCAUUCUACCUUCGGAUGAAUUCUCCGUAGUAAUAAGCCUCAGUCUGUAGUAGUAGUAGAGAAUAAAAACAACUCAUGACGUCCAGUCAUACCGUCACAUCUCCCUCUUAACAAUACAAGCAAUAGUCAAUCAAGAAAAUAGCCUGCAUGCAUCACUAAAUCAAUAGUAAUACUAAAACACUAUUCAAUACUUUGUAUGUACAAAUAACUCAAUUUGUAUUGCAUGACACUGUACGUAUUACAUGUCUCUAUCAAGGAAGCAUCUUGGUGGUUUCACUUGCCUGCCAUAUCUUGUCACCACCUGUGCUGGAAUACGUUGUGCUGGAAUAGGAUUGAUGGCACUUGGUAGAGAUAUUUUCACCAUAGUCUCUUUUACAACCUCUGGGUUGGUGAGUUGUGGUUCACGUGUUGUAUCAGGACAGUCCAGUUGAAUAAAUCUGGUGCACUGCUUUGCCUCUGUGUCUCUUUUAACAUUUUCUGAUUUCGCCGAUAUGUCAUCCCGUCUGGCGUUUUGACAAUCUAUGACCUUGGUGUGGAUGCUUCUGAGACAACUACUGCUGGCUUCCAUGAGCUUUGAGAUUUAUUCUGCAUAUAUAUAAAUUGCUACCAGGCUGAAUUUGGGAAUGACCCCUCAUUUUCGCUGUCUUGUUGUAAUAUCUUCCUUGAUCAUUUUUUUCUUUUGUUCCAGAUGUUGGCCAUUUCUUUUGGGUUUGGAACUUUUGGCUUUAGGUCGGCAUCAGUAGCUGGAAGAGUUGAUCUUAGGCGUCGGCCCAUGAGUAGCCGUGAAGGGGAGGGUCCAUCAGGGCAUGGAGCAUUUCUAAACUCCAACAGGGCAAUAUAUGGAUCUAGGCCCGACGCUUGAGCUUUCUUUAAAAGUGUCUUUACUGCCUGGAUUGCUCUUUCAGCCAUGCCAUUGGACUGUGGGUACCUGGGGCUUGAAGUGAUGUGACUAAAGCCCCACUGUUUGGAGAAAUUGCUAAACUCUUCACUGGAAAAUUGGGGUCCAUUGUCACUAAUUAUUUCUCUUGGAAUGCCAUGGCGUGCAAACUGGGACUUCAUAUGAAUAAUUACAUCAGAAGCUUUGAGAGACGGAAUUAGAAUAAUUUCAAAGAAUCUGCUGUAGUAAUCAACGAGAAGUAAAUAAUUCUUUCCAAUAUAAUGUAAAAUGUCAACUCUUACUUUUUCCCAAGGAAGCGAGGGGAUUUCAUGGGCUAUCAUGGGAUCUUUUUUCUGGGAUCUUUGAUACCCCCUGCAUACUGAGCAGCUAGAUACAAUGUCUAUGAUCUGUGAUGUCAUUCCUGGCCAGAAAAGUACUUCCUUUGCUGUAGCCAAACAUUUAUCACGCCCCAAAUGUCCCUGAUGAAGUCUCUUGAGCAUUUCUUUCUGCAAUAGUUUCGGAACUAUAAUUCGCUCUCCUUUGAAAAGUAAACCUUGGCUUUCACUUAGUUCUUCUUUGAAUCCAGUAUACAAUCUUAUUUCUUGUGGAAUCUCAGAUCUUCUAUCUGGCAACCUACUAAAAUAUGUUGCCUUAAAAGUCUCAGAGUUGUAUCGUUCGCUAUUUCUUGUUGAAAUAAUUUCAUUUUUUCAUCUGAAAGAGGUAGACUGUUGACUAUUAGAUGAACCUGUGCGUCCCAGUCAUCACUUGAUGGAUUAUGUCUUGGUAGGGAUGCUCGUGAGAGGGUGUCUGGGAUAAACAUUUCUUGACCAGGCUUGUAUUUAAGAAUGAUUUCAUAUUUCAUGAGUCGUAGAAGCAUCGUCUGAAGCCUGGGUGGUGCAGAUGACAAAGUAGAGACCGACCGAAUUUUGGCUUCGGCUUCGGUUUCGGCGCCGAAAGUGGCCAUUUUUAUCACUUUCGGCCAAGUUUCGGUUUCGGCCGAAACUGAAAAGUUAACUUUCGGCUUAAUUUCGGUUUCGGCCGAAUGAGAAAAUUUGACUUUCGGUUAUUUUUCGGUUUCGGCCGAAAUUGACUUAGACUUUCGGCCAUUCGGCCGAAAGUGACUCAGGUUUUCGGUCAUUUUAAUACUCAGUGAAAGCGAUAUUUAACAACAAACUAAGCAACAUUUAAGAACAAAUUAAGCGAUCUUUGAGAACAAACUAAACGAUAUGUAACAACAAAAUAAGGGACAUUUAAGAACAAACUAAACGAUCUUUAAAACAAACUAAGCGAUCUUUAAGAACAAUCUAAGCGAUCUUUAAUAACAAACUAAACGCUCUAAUAGAACAAACUAAACGAUUUUUUAGACCGAACUAAAUGAUCUUUAAGAACAAAACAAAUGAUCUUUAAUAGUAAACUAAAUGAUUUAUAAGAAUAAACUAAGCGAUCUUUAACAGAAAACUAAAUAUUCUUUAGGAACAAACUAAAAGAUCUUUAAGAACAAACUAAUCUAUCUUAAGGAACAAAAUUAAUUAUCUUUAAGAAUAAACUAAGCGAUCUUUAUGAAAAAAACUAAGCGAUCUUUACAACAAAAUAAGCGAUCUUUAACAACAAACUAAACGAUCUUUAACAACAAACUAAACAAUCUUUAACAACAAACUAAACGAUCUUUAACAACAAACUAAAUGAUCUUUAACAACAAACUAAACGAUCUUUAACAACAAAUUAAACCAUCUUUAACAACAAACUAACCGAUCAAUAACAACCAACUAAACGAUCUUUAAAAACAAAUUAAGCGAUCUUUUAGAACCACAUUUUUUAGAGACCCUGUUUAAAAAAAUAAAAUAUUUUGCAUAAAUUCCCCCCCCCCCCCCCCCAUUUUCUCCUACUAUACUAAUUUAAAAAAAAUUGUAAAGCAAUUUAAAUUCAUUUUAUUUUAAAAUGGUAAAAUACUAAGUAUUCUUAGAUCAAGGGUCUCAAACUCAAAUCAUAGGGGGGGAAAAGGGGGGGGGCACAGGAGGUAGUGUCUAGAUGAGAGUUGGCCGCAUCAAGUAAUCCACAAAAAAGCGAUUACAACUGUUACAAUCUGCUCAACGUUUAUAAAUAGCAAUAAAAUCAUUAAGGGUUUUCAAGAACUACUCACUGUUGCCAGAGACCUGGCAUACAAAAAAUAUAUAGAAACAUAAAAAAAAAAAAAUCAGAAUUAGACUAGUCGGUGAGAUUCGACUGAAACCGUCGCGGAGAGUCACGUUAUAGAUAUGAGAAUGGGGGAAACGCGCCGGCACAUUAACACUAAACUUUUCUGUCAUGCAGCGGGCCGGAAAAUAUCGUCUUGCGGGUCACAAAUGGCUUGCGGGCCGCGAGUUUGAGACCCCUAUAUUAGAUGUUUAUUUAUUAAUAUUCACGAUUAUCUAAUUUUGUAUAAAAAGAAUGUAAAUAUUUAUACUUUCCCACAUCAUUUUCGAUGUAUGCAGAAUGUAUGCGGGAACGAAUUUCAAAAUAUCUUAAUAUUUCAUUUUCGGUUUCGGCUUCGGUUUCGGCCAAAAUUCAUUUUUAACUUUCGGUAUUUUUUCGGUUUCGGCCGAAAGUCAUUUUAAACUUUCGGCCUAUUUUCGACUUCGGCCGAAAUCAUGAAAUCACUUUCGGUCGGUCUCUAUGACAAAGGCUUUUUGAUGAUCACUUCCAGUGGCUUGUGAUCUGUCUCUACUGUGACCUGGCGCCAAUAGACAUAGUAAUGAAAAUGUUCAACUCCGAACACUACGGCAAGCAUUUCUUUUUCCAUCUGAGCAUAUCUUUUUUCACAUUCUGUUAAAGACCUAGAUGCAUAAGCCACCGGUCUCUCACUUUGAAUGAACACUGCUCCAAGUCCUUCUUGCGAAGCAUCCACUGACACCUUGACUGGCUUUGAUACAUCAUAAGACGCUAGCACUCAUGCUGAUGUGAUUACAUUUUUUAAUUGAUCCACUGCAUUUUGCUGUUGCUCAAGCCACACCCACUCGUUAUCUUGUUUGAUCAACUCUCGCAGGGGUGCAAUUAUAUCUGUUAGAUUUGGGACAAAUUUUCCAAGAUAAUUAACCAUUCCUAAAAAUCGUUCCAACUCUUUGCGAUUUGAGGGACAUGGUAUGGACUGUAUCGCCUCAAUUUUAGAGUUAUCGGGUCUAAUUCCCCUAUCCGUAAUGGCAUGGACUGUAUCGCCUCAAUUUUAGAGUUAUCGGGUCUUAUUCUCCUAUCCGUAAUGGCAUGGACUGUAUCGCCUCAAUUUUAGAGUUAUCGGGUCUAAUUCACCUAUCCGUAAUGACAUGGACUGUAUCGCCUCAAUUUUAGAGUUAUCGGGUCUUAUUCCCCUAUCCGUAAUGGCAUGGACUGUAUCGCCUCAAUUUUAGAGUUAUCGGGUCUUAUUCCCCUAUCCGUAAUAAUGUGUCCUACAAAUUUUACUUCAUUGACCCUCCAACAGCAUUUUGAUGGUUUCAAUUUUAUCCCUUUUUCUCUGGCUGUAUCGAGUACUUUCUUCAAUCUUUUAUCAUGUUCUUCUAUAGUUCUGCCAGAUAUCAGAAUUUCGUCCAUGUAAGUUUCAACACCUGGAAUAUUUUCAAAAACCUGGUGGAACCAUUUAGCAAAUACUUCUGCAGAAGAAUUGAGCCCGAAUGGUAGUCUCAUAAACUUGUACCUUCCAAAAGGUGUAUUGAAAGUUGUUAGAUCUGUACAAUUUUUUUCAAGUCUAAUUUGCCGAAAAGCUGAGUUUGCGUCCAACACAGUGAAUACUUUGCUUCCAACAAGUCUGCUAGAUAUUUCUUCCAUGGUGGGUAAUUGGUAAUGUUCCCGUUGAAUGGCAGUGUUAAGGUCUUUAGGAUCAAGACAGAUCCUUAAACCACUUCCUUGUUUUCAACAAUAACCAGCGAGUUGACCCAUGCCGUGGGAUGAUCCACUUUCUCAAUGACACCUUCAUUUUCCAUGCGCUCAAUUUCUUUCUUGAGGUCAUCUCGCAAUGCCGCUGGAACUUUUCUAGCAGCAUGUACCACUGGCCUAAUAAGUGGGUCAAUUUUGAUUUUGUACUCCUCUUCCAUGGAACCAAGACCACUGAAAACAUCUGCAUAAGAAGACAAUGUUUCAUCUCCAAUAACAUUCACUCUUUUGAUAAGAUUGAGUUGCUGGCAACCUGGCAGUCCCAUGAAUCGCUUGGAUUGGGUUUUUACAAUUUGAAACCCCAACAUCUCAGUUUUUUCCUUUACUGUGCAUUUGAUCAAUGCCUUGCCCACAACAGACAAUCGUUCACGACUGUAUGUCGUAAGUCUUGCAGUUGACUCCAGAAGUCCUUUCUUUCGAAAUUGACUAAACAGUUUAUAAGGGAGAAUGUUCACCUCCGCUCCAGUAUCCAGUGUGAAGGUUAUUUGCCUCCCCUCAAGAGUCACUACAGAUUUCCACUCAUUGCUAAGUAUGUUUUUUAGGGAAACAUUACCGAUGAAAAAUGUUUCUUCACUGGCUCUAAAGUUAUCUUCUGAUUGUGAAGUGACAACUCUAAUAGACCUGCAUACAGAUGAAAAAUGAUUCUGUACCCAUCAGCCCCCAUUCAUCAGCCCCCAUCAAACAGCCCCCAUCCAUCAGCCCCCGCCAAUCAGCCCCCACCCAUCAGCCACCACCUGUCAGCCCCCACCCAUCAGCGCCCACCAAUCACCCCCACCCAUCAGCCCUCACCAAUCAGCCCCCAGUCAUCAGCCCUCACCCAUCAGCCCCCACCUAUCAGCCCUCACCAGCAGCCCCCACACAUCAGCCCUCACCCAUCAGCCCCCACCCAUCAGCCCCCACCCAUCAGCCCCCACCUAUCAACCCCCACCUAUGAGCCCUCACCCAUCAGCCCCCACAUAUCAGCCCUCACCCAUCAGCCCUCACCGAUCAGCUCCCACCCUCUUUACUAAUUAUGUAUACCACAACAUAUGUGCAUUUACGUUACUUUGCACGGCAUGUGCUUUUUGUAGCACACCUGGUGCUUUAUGUUUAGUUAAAUGAUGUGCUUUCUGCAGCACACCUGGUGCUUUAUGUUUAGUUAAAUGAUGUGCUUUCUGCAGCACACCUGGUGCUUUAUGUUUAGUUAAAUGAUGUGCUUUCUGUAGCACACCUGGUGCCUUAUGUUUAGUUAAAUGAUGUGCUUUACUCGGUCAUGUGCUAUCAAUAUUCGCGUACGCUAAAUGAUUCACAGUGUUUCAUAAUGAAGAAACAAUGACACAUUUAGCUGUACAGCAAGCCGAUCAUUUUAAAAUGGAUUUCAAAUAUUAUAUCUAAAAAUAAUUAUACUGAUAAUAAUAAUGAAUAUCAUGGACCAUAUUGUGUUGAUCAGCGUAUCAAGUAUUGUAUGCUAAAUGUCAUGCUAUGAUGCCAUGAUUGUGCUGUCAUGAUUGUGAUGUCACGAUUCUGUGUCACGAUUGAAUUUUCAUAACUGAAUUGUAUUGUCAUGAUUGUAAUGCCAUGAUUGUUAUAUCAUAAUUGUGAUGCCCUGAUUGUAAGGCCAUGCUUGUGAUAUUAUAAUUGUGAUGCUAUGAUUGUUCCGUAAGGAUUGUGAAGGCAUGAUUGUGAUGUUACGAUUGUGAUGGCAUAAUUGUGAUGGUAUGAGUGUGGUGUCAUGAUUGUCAUGGCAUAAUUGUGAUGGUAUGAGUGUGGUGUCAUGAUUGUCAUGGCAUAAUUGUGAUGGUAUGAGUGUGGUGUUAUGAUUGUCAUGGCAUAAUUGUGAUGGUAUGAGUGUGGUGUUAUGAUUGUCAUGGCAUAAUUGUGAUGGUAUGAGUGUGGUGUUAUGAUUGUGAUGUCAAAAUUGUGAUGGUAUGAGUUUGGUGUUAUGAUUGUGAUGGAAUAAUUGUGAUGGUAUGAGUGUGGUGUCAUGAUUGUGAUGGCAUAAUUGUGAUGGUAUGAGUGUGGUGUCAUGAUUGUGAUGGCAUAAUUGUGAUGGUAUGAGUAUGGUGUUAUGAUUGUGAUGGCAUAAUUGUGAUGGUAUGAGUGUGGUGUUAUGAUUGUGAUGGCACAAUUGUGAUGGUAUGAGUGUGGUGUCAUGAUUGUGAUGGCAUAAUUGUAAGGUAUGAGUGUGGUGUCAUGAUUGUGAUGGCACAAUUGUGAUGGUAUGAGUGUGGUGUCAUGAUUGUGAUGGCAUAAUUGUGAUGGUAUGAAUAUGGUGUUAUGAUUGUGAUUGCACAAUUGUGAUGGUAUGAGUGUGGUGUCAUGAUUGUGAUGGCAUAAUUGUGAUGGUAUGAGUGUGGUGUUAUGAUUGUGAUGUCAUAAUUGUGAUGGUAUGAGUGUGGUGUUAUGAUUGUGAUGGCAUAAUUGUGAUGGUAUGAGUGUGGUGUCAUGAUUGUGAUGGCAUAAUGGUGAUGGUAUGAGUGUGGUAUUAUGAUUGUGAUGGCAUAGUUGUGAUGGUAUGAGUGUGGUGUCAUGAUUGUGAUGGCACAAUUGUGAUGGUAUGAGUGUGGUGUCAUGAUUGUGAUGGCAUAAUUGUGAUGGUAUGAAUAUGGUGUUAUGAUUGUGAUUGCACAAUUGUGAUGGUAUGAGUGUGGUGUCAUGAUUGUGAUGGCAUAAUUGUGAUGGUAUGAGUGUGGUGUUAUGAUUGUGAUGUCAUAAUUGUGAUGGUAUGAGUGUGGUGUUAUGAUUGUGAUGGCAUAAUUGUGAUGGUAUGAGUGUGGUGUCAUGAUUGUGAUGGCAUAAUGGUGAUGGUAUGAGUGUGGUAUUAUGAUUGUGAUGGCAUAGUUGUGAUGGUAUGAGUAUGGUGUUAUGAUUGUGAUGGCUUGCUUAUAAAGCGUCCCGACAUUUCCAUUACACAACUUGCUACGCCAUUAACGAGAUGUGACAGCUGUGGGGCAUCACAGGAAAGUCAGAAACUAGGGUAAUAAGGGGAGAAGAGACUGCAAUCAGGUUAGCACAAUAUAAGAUGAGUUCAACAAUUUCACAUUUCUUUUGCUGCCCACGAAUACUACGUCCAAGCUGAGUGAUAGUUCUUAUUUUUAUUUUGAUACAGUUUUUUUUCUGUUAUUUUGUUCGCUGACGAAGGCUUUCUGCCGACACAUUCGUCGUUUUGUUGCGUUUCUUUUUUCCGGUUUAACCCUACUCUGUUUUACUCAUCUUAAGUCAGUAACUAUUUCAGAGUAUCUUAUUUCCACAGUAACAUCCUUUGUCAGAUUGGUUGUAGGAGUCGAUCUCUUGUGGGGAAACCCUCGGCCACUCAUCUCAUCAACCUGAAUAUUAGAUUUUCUGUGCAUCAUUUUUUUCUUCAUUUUUGCAGUUUUUUUUCUUCUGAAUUAUUACACGGCUUUUUAAAAAUCAAAAUCCAUUUCAUCAAACGUCUGUUUUGCAAUUUUGUACUCUUUGCGAGCGCAGACUAGCAGCCAGUGCAGCUCUCUCAGAAGUGUUUUAGCAUGCCAUCUGUAUGACAGUAUCACAACUCUAUCAUUAUGACAGUAUCAACAUGCCAUCAUUAUGGCAGUAUCAACACGUCAUUAUUAUGAAAGUAUCAACAUCCCAUUAUUAUGACAGUAUCAAUAUACCAUCAUUAUGAUAUUAUCAACCAUUAACGCUCAAUAUAUUUUGUUUAAAGUCAUACAAUAUGUAGAGUCAUAGAAUAUGUGGAUUCAUACAUUAUGUAGAGUGGGUGCUGGGUGGCCAAGUGGACUUAACUGAGCAUAUCUCAAGUUGGUGGUCUGGAGUUCAAUUCCAGCCAGAGCCAAGUCAAGCAAAAACACCACCAGGACCCCGGGUGGAUGGGACUCGUUAGCCCUGGAUGGCAAUUCAUCUAAGAGAAGGAAACUUUGAAAUCAAACCCCGAGAUGGAGUCCCGAAAGGCGGAUAACAUUGAUACAAUGAAACAUUCCGACAACUCCUGCAACGCCACUGGUGCCAAGCUGUAUCAUCCAAUGAUGUUCCCUAGGGUUAUCCAGCGGCGUGGAGAGAGGCGAUCUGCUGUUGGGAACCAGCUUAUAAUCCUUGAAGAAUAAUCCCAGGUCAUGUGGAUUUUGUCCUCCGAAACCCACUCCAUCGUCACAUUGUGACGGACGGAUGUCAGCAAAAAGAUCUAUACAAAAUGCACAUGUAAAUUAGAACAUGUGACAUAAUACACAUUGCAUCAACUAAAGAAAGUCCAAUGAUUUAAGUAAACUAGACACCAUGACAUAAGUAAAUCAGAACCAAUGACAUGUACACUAGAACCUAUGGCAUAAGUACAUUAAAACUCAAGACAUCUAUAAAUUAGAACCAAAGACAUAUUUAUAUUAGACCCGGGAGUCAGUCCAUUAGACCCGGGACGUCAGUCCAUUAGACCCGGGACGUCAGUCAAUUAGACCUGGAACGUCAGUCCAUUAGACCCGGGACGUCAGUCAAUUAGACCCGGGACGUCAGUCAAUUAGACCCGGGACGUCAGUCAAUGAGACCCGGAACGUCAGUCCAUUAGACCCGGAACGUCAGUCCAUUAGACCCGGAACGUCAGUCCAUUAGACCCGGGACGUCAGUCCAUUAGACCCGGGACGUCAGUCCAUUAGACCCGGGACGUCAGUCCAUUAGACCCGGGACGUCAGUCCAUUAGACCCGGGACGUCAGUCCAUUAGACCCGGGACGUCAGUCCAUUAGACCCGGGACGUCAGUCCAUUAGACCCGGGACGUCAGUCCAUUAGACCCGGGACGUCAGUCCAUUAGACCCGGGACGUCAGUCCAUUAGACCCGGGACGUCAGUCCAUUAGACCCGGGACGUCAGUCCAUUAGACCCGGGACGUCAGUCCAUUAGACCCGGGACGUCAGUCCAUUAGACCCGGGACGUCAGUCCAUUAGACCCGGGACGUCAGUCCAUUAGACCCGGGACGUCAGUCCAUUAGACCCGGGACGUCAGUCCAUUAGACCCGGGACGUCAGUCCAUUAGACCCGGGACGUCAGUCCAUUAGACCCGGGACGUCAGUCCAUUAGACCCGGGACGUCAGUCCAUUAGACCCGGGACGUCAGUCCAUUAGACCCGGGACGUCAGUCCAUUAGACCCGGGACGUCAGUCCAUUAGACCCGGGACGUCAGUCCAUUAGACCCGGGACGUCAGUCCAUUAGACCCGGGACGUCAGUCCAUUAGACCCGGGACGUCAGUCCAUUAGACCCGGGACGUCAGUCCAUUAGACCCGGGACGUCAGUCCAUUAGACCCGGGACGUCAGUCCAUUAGACCCGGGACGUCAGUCCAUUAGACCCGGGACGUCAGUCCAUUAGACCCGGGACGUCAGUCCAUUAGACCCGGGACGUCAGUCCAUUAGACCCGGGACGUCAGUCCAUUAGACCCGGAACGUCAGUCCAUUAGACCCGGGAGGUCAGUCCAUUAGACCCGGGACGUCAGUCCAUUAGACCCGGGACGUCAGUCCAUUAGACCCGGGACGUCAGUCCAUUAGACCCUGGACGUCAGUCCAUUAGACCCGGGAGUCAGUCCAUUAAACCCGGGACGUCAGUCCAUUAGACCCGGGACGUCAGUCAAUUAAACCCGGAACGUCAGUCCAUUAGACCCUGGACGUCAGUCCAUUAGACCCUGGACGUCAGUCCAUUAGACCCGGGAGUCAGUCUAUUAGACCCGGGACGUCAGUGCAUUAGACCCGGGACGUCAGUCCAUUAGACCCGGGAGUCAGUCCAUUAGACCCGGGACGUCAGUGCAUUAGACCCUUGACGUCAGUACAUUAGAAUCCGUUACAUAUGUGAUUUUGAACCCAUGAUAUCCCAAAAUUAGAACCCAUGAAAUAGUUAAAUAUUCUUGAAUGUUUAACAUCCUUGGGGAUUCAGGUUCGCUACUUAUUGAAUUCUAUUUGGCAGUGGUUCACAACCUUUUAUACUCGCGGAGCAUUUUUCAGAAUCAAUUUUUGUGGGGAAUGCUUUGCCUACCCCAUGCCUUAUAAGUAAAUAGUGCUAUAGAAGUUCUUGGUUGAGCCACGAAAUGGUUUCUGUGACCCAUAUGACCUUGGGAGCACAUAUUGGGCUCGGUAGACAGUGUCAGGAAGUGCAGGAAGACAGUAUCACGAAGUGCAAGAAGACAGUGUCAGGAAGUGCAGGAAGACAGUUUCAGGAAGGGCAGGAAGACAGUGUCAGGUAGUGCAAGGAGACAGUGUCACGAAGUGCAGGAAGACAGUGUCAUGAAGACAGUGUCAGAAAGCGCAGGAAGACAGUGUCAGGAAGUUAAGGAAGACAGUGUCAGGGAGUGCCGGAAGAUAGUGUCAGGAAGUGCAGGAAUACAGUGUCAGGAAGUGCAUGAAGACAGUGUCUGAAGUGCAGGAAGACAGUGUCAGGAAGUGCAGGAUGACAGUGUCAGGAAGUGCAGGAAUCAGUGUCAGGAAGUGCAGGAAGAGAGUGUCAGGAAGUGCAGGAAGACAGUGUCAGGAAGUUCAGGAAGACAAUGUCAUUGAGUGCAUGAAGACAGUGUCAGGAAGUUCAGGAAGACAGUGUCAGGUAGUACAUGAAGACAGUAUCACGAAGUGCAGGAAGACAGUGUCAGGAAGUGCAGGAUGACAGUGUUAGAAAGGGCAGGAAGACAGUGUCAGGAAGUGCAGGAAUACAGUGUCAGGAAGUGCAGUAAGACAGUGUCAGGGAGAACAUGAAGACAGUAUCACGAAGUGCAGAAAGACAGUGUCAGGACGUGCAGGAAGACAGUGUCAGGAAGUGCAGGAAGACAGUGUCAGGAAGUGCAGGAAGACAGUGUCAGGAAGUGCAGGAAGACAGUGUCAGGAAGUGCAGGAAGACAGUGUCAGGUAGACAGUGUCAGGUAGACAGUGUCAGGAAGUGCAGGAAGACAGUGUCAGGUAGACAGUGUCACGUAGACAGUGUCAGGAAGUGCAGGAAGACAGUGUCAGGUAGACAGUGUCACGUAGACAGUGUCAGGAAGUGCAGGAAGACAGUGUCAGGUAGACAGUGUCACGUAGACAGUGUCAGGUAGACAGUGUCAGGUAGACAGUGUCACGUAGACAGUGUCAGGUAGACAGUGUCAGGAAGUGCAGGAAUAUCCAGAAAAUAGGUUAAAAAAAAUGUAAUCGUAAAAAUGAAAUAUUAUUGAAAUCUAGUUGAGGAUCAGGAAAUGUUUUGAAAUCAAGAGGGGACUUUUGUGACCCUGGAAAAAUGAUUUAGAACCCCCGAUCUAGACCGUUGCGCAACGUUUGUUUGUUUUGUAGGCGUAUAAUAGAAAUCCAACAUAAGUGAGUUGUGGGGAUCACUGUGGACAAGUGUGGAGAUCACUGUGGACUAGUGGGGAGAUCACUGUGGACUAGUGGGGAGAUCACUGUGGACAAGUGGGGAGAUCACUGUGGACUAGUGGGGAGAUCACUGUGGACAAGUGGGGAGAUCACUGUGGAUUAGUGGGGAGAACACUGUGGACUAGUGGGGAGAUCACUGUGGACUAGUGGGGAGAUCACUGUGGACAAGUGGGGAGAUCACUGUGGACUAGUGGGGAGAUCACUGUGGACAAGUGGGGAGAUCACUGUGGAUUAGUGGGUCUGUGGACUAGUGGGGAGAUCGCUGUGGACAAGUGGGGAGAUCACUGUGGAUUAGUGGGGAGAUCACUGUGGACUAGUGGGGAGAUCACUGUGGACUAGUGGGGAGAUCACUGUGGACAAGUGGGGAGAUCACUGUGGACUAGUGGGGAGAUCACUGUGGACAAGUGGGGAGAUCACUGUGGACAAGUGGGGAGAUCACUGUGGACAAGUGGGGAGAUCAUUGUGGACAAGUGGGGAGAUCACCUUGGAAAAGUGUGGAGAUGAAUGCGGACAAGUGGGGAGAUCACUGUGGACAAGUGGGAAGAUCACUGUGGACGAGUGGGGAGAUCACUGUGGACCCAUGUUGAGAUCACUGUGGACAAGUGUGGAGAUCACUGUGGUUAAGUGGGGAAUCACUGUGGACUAGUGGGGAGAUCACUGUGGACAAGUGUGGAGAUCACUGUGGACAAGUGGGGAGAUCACUGUUGACGAGUGGGGAGAUCACUGUGGACAAGUGGGGAGAUCACUGUUGACGAGUGGGGAGAUCACUGUGGACAAGUGGGGAGAUCACUGUUGACGAGUGGGAAGAUCACUGUGGACGAGUGGGGAGAUCACUGUGGACCCAUGUUGAGAUCACUGUGGACAAGUGUGGAGAUCACUCUGGUUAAGUGGGGAAUCACUGUGGACUAGUGGGGAGAUCACUGUGGACAAGUGUGGAGAUCACUGUGGACAAGUGGGGAGAUCACUGUGGACAAGUGUGGAGAUCACUGUGGACAAGUGGGGAGAUCACUGUGGACAAGUGUGGAGAUCACUGUGGACAAGUGGGGAGAUCACUGUUCACAUGUGUGGAAAUUGCUAAGGUUUUUUUAGUCGUAGAGAGAGAGAGAGAGAAAGAGAGUUCAAUCGAAUGGCACAAUUGAAUUGAAAUCAAUAUUUUAAUAGAUUGAAAACAAUAGAAAUAUGAAUAUGGAGUGUAUAACAGUUGGUUAUGGCGCAAUUGAUAAUAAUUACGAUAUAUUGUGUGGGAGAGAAUGGAAAAACUGAGUGGGAGAAUGUGAAAGGUGUAAUGAGAGAUUUGAAAGAGUUUGUGAGAAAAUGGGAAACAUUUACUUUGAGUAUGGGACAGAUUUGGUGAGACAGUCGAAAUGAUUGUGUGAUAGGGCCGGAAUGAUUGAGUGAAAGAGAUCUUAAGGGAUAAAAUGGACAGGUAUAGUUAGAGAGAAGAGAGACAGAGCGUGUGUGUAACUGCAGGAGUGGGGGAAGACAUGUGAGACUCUGUUGGAGAGACUACUUGGAGGAGGGGUGGAAAGGCGCACAUCGAAUGUGAAAUACAUGUGUAGGAAAUAAGUACAGUUGAAACCAUUAUUGACUUCUAGAUACAAGAGACUCUGUCAUACAAAGCUUGGACCUAGAAUGACAACAACACCAAUUCACCAGUACUUGGAAAUGGCUUGAACUGAUCAAGCUGACUUUCUCACCAUCAUGACGUGUUUGCGUAAUGAAUUGCCAAACAGUCUUAAGCUGAUGGCAGAAAGAAAUAUAAGAAUAUUUGAAUUACAUACAAAGCUCCUUCAUAACUCAGAGUCUGUUAGCUAGGAUCUUUUCAAAGGCAGUCUCUUUGAGCCUUCACCCGACUGAAUCGUUAGAGUGUACGAAGGCAGUCUCUUUGAUCCGUCACCCGACUGAAUCAGACUGUACGAAGGCAGUCUCUUUGAGCCGUCACCCGACUGAAUCAGAGUGUACGAAGGCAGUCUCUUUGAGCCGUCACCCGACUGAAUCAGAGUGUACGAAGGCAGUCUCUUUGAGCCGUCACCCGACUGAAUCAUUAGAGUGCACGAAGGCAGUCUCUUUGAGCCGUCCCCCGACUGAAUCGUUAGAGUGUACGCAGGCAGUCUCUUUAAACGUCCCCUGACUGAAUCGUUAGAGUGUACGGAGGCAGUCUCUUUGAGCCGUCCCCCGACUGAAUCGUUAGAGUGUACGGAGGCAGUCUCUUUGAGCCGUCCCACGACUGAAUCGUUAGAGUGUACGAAGGCAGUCUCUUUGAGCCGUCCCCCGACUGAAUCGUUAGAGUUUACGAAGGCAGCCUCUUUGAGCCGUCCCCCGACUGAAUCGUUAGAGUGUACGAAGGCAGUCUCUUUGAGCCGUCACCCGACUGAAUCAGAGUGUACGAAGGCACUCUAUUUGAGCCGUCACCCGACUGAAUCAGAGUGUACGGAGGCAGUCUCUUUGAGCCGUCCCCCGACUGAAUCGUUAGAGUUUACGGAGGCAGUCUCUUUGAGCCGUCCCCCGACUGAAUCGUGAGAGUGUACGAAGGCAGUCUCUUUGAGCCGUCACCCGACUGAAUCGUUAGAGUGUACGGAGGCAGUCUCUUUGAGCCGUCCCCCGACUGAAUCGUUAGAGUGUACGAAGGCAGUCUCUUUGAGCCUUCCCCCGACUGAAUCUUCCCCCGACUGCAUCGUUAGAGUUUACGGAGGCAGUCUCUUUGUGCCGUCCCCGGACUGAAGCGUGAGAGUGUACGAAGGCAGUCUCUUUGAGCCGUCAACCGACUGAAUCGUUAGAGUGUACGGAGGCAGUCUCUUUGAGCCGUCCCCCGACUGAAUCGUUAGAGUGUACGAAGGCAGUCUCUUUGAGCCUUCCCCCGAUUGAAUCGUUAGAGUGUACGAUGGCAGUCUCUUUGAGCCUUCCCCCGAUUGAAUCGUUAGAGUGUACGAAGGCAGUCUCUUUGAGCCUUCCCCCGAUUGAAUCGUUAGAGUGUAAGAAGGCAGUCUCUUUGAGCCGUCCCCCGACUGAAUCGUUAAAGUGUGCGGAGGGGUCUGAAACAAAUGCGAAUUCAGGGGGUCUCGACUAUGUAUGAGAUCCAAAGUUCGAAUGUGGAAACAAAAUUGAAUUACCAACUAUGAAUUCAGGGAGGGUUUGGCGAAACUCAGAAGUGCUAGGGGGCCUUCUUAAGUCACGUGACUGCUCUGAGAACACAAACCGUGACCCGCUUCACCGUGACCCGCUUCACCGUGACCCGCUUCACCGUGACCCGCUUCACCGUGACCCGCUUCACCGUGACCCGCUUCACCGUGACCCGCUUCACCGUGACCCGCUUCACCGUGACCCGCUUCACCGUGACCNACCGUGACCCCGUUCGCCGUGACCCGCUUUACCGUGACCCGCUUCACCGUGACCCGCUUCACCGUGACCCGCUUCACCGUGACCCACUUCACCGUGACCCCCUUCACCGUGACACGCUUCACCGUGACCCGCUUCACCGUGACCCGCUUCACCGUGACCCUCUUCACCGUGACCUGCUUCACCGUGACACCCUUCACCGUGACCCACUUCACCGUGACUCGCUUCAAUGUGACCUGCUUCAUCGCAACCCGCUUCAACGUGACCCGCUUCAACGUGACCCGCCUCAACGUGAACUGCUUUAACGUGACCCGAUUUCACGUGACCUGUCUAAACGUGACCUGCUUCAACGUGACCUGCCUCAACGUGACCAGUUUCAACGUGACCCGUUCAAUAGGACUCGCUUCAAUGUGACCCGCUUCAGUGUGACCCGCUUCACAAUGACCCGCUAGAACUGCCUCUGCUAUAACGCGAAUUCAGAUAUAACGCGGUCCUGGCAUAGCUAAAAAAAAAACAUAUAUUCAUUUGCAAAUAAAUUUAUUUUAGAGGACAUUUUAAAAAAAAAAUGGGUGCCAAAAAAUUGUCCGUUGAUUCGUGGGUGAGGUGACGUAUUAAUUUGAAAAUAAUAUGAUUGCUGCCUGGUUCACGACGUUGAAAUGAGUAAGGUUACAGACGAAAGCCUCCUUUAAGAUGGUUGAUAUCGUUUGACUCAGGAACCAAGGCUCUUGCCAGACCACGUGGUAUGUGAACUUUUAGGGCGCAUUGGGUCGCGUUAGCAGCAAAGGUGUUGGUCUAAUGCAGAACCCCGUUUUAACGCGAUCCGAUUUUGGCGUUAUAUCGGGGCUCUACUGUACGUUGGUUAAAAUGUUGUCUUCGGUGUGCUUACUCUGAGGAGCUUCACACUUUUCAGGGCCAUUUAGUACCUUUCCAGACAGACUAAAUGUAUAGAAAUCACAUGAAUACGCACAAUUCACCACUCUAUAUAGAAAAGCACAAUUCACCACUCUAUAUAAAACAGCACCAUUCAACAAUCAUUAUAGAACAGCACAAUUCACCACUCUAUAUAGAACAGCACAAUUCACCAAUCUAUAUAGAGCAGCACAAUUCACCAAUCUAUAUAGAACAGCACAAUUCACCACUCUAUAAUAUAGAACAGCACAAUUCACCACUUUAUAUAGAACAGCACAAUUCACCAAUCUAUAUAGAACAGCACAAUUCACCAAUCUAUAUAGAACAGCACAAUUUAUCAAUCUAUAAAUAGAACAGCACAAUUCACCAAUCUAUACAGAACAGCACAAUUCAGCACUCUAUAUAGAACAGCAAAAUUCACCAAUCUAUAUAGAACAGCACAAUUCACCAAUCUAUAUAAAAACAGCACAGUUCACCAAUCUAUAUAUAACAGCACAAUUCAGCACUCUAUAUAGAACAGCACAAUUCACCAAUCUAUAUAGAACAGCACAAUUCACCAAUCUAUAUAAAAACAGCACAAUCACCACUCUAUAUAGAAAAUAACAACUCCGCUCAUCUGAUAGUGGCAAACUCUCGAUACCACAAGGGGCGCACUUUCGCAUUUGCUGGCCCAACAAUUUGGAACACUCUUCCUGUCGCUAUCAGAAACAGCCAGACACUGGAGUCUUUCAAAACUGAUUUGAAGACUUAUUUUUAUCGCAAACACCUGCUGGGAUGAUGCUGUCUAUCUAGCUAUUAUCAUUUAGAUGUAUAUUGGCCUGUGUUGUUUAUGGUUGCAAGGUAUGAAAGACUUAGAAUGGGUAUUCUUGUUUGUAAUUUUGUAAUGUUGAAUUUUGCACUUCAAUGUGGUAUGUACCGCGCUUCGAGCCUUUAGAUAUGAAGCGUGGUUUUUAAAUAAUCUUUAUUAUUAUUAUAUGACCACUCCAUAUAGAACAGCAAAAUUCAUCACUUUAUGGACUUAAACUUAAAGAAGGUCAUGUUUCAUUAAUCUACAUUUCUCAUGCACUUUCCAUAAAUGUAAGUGUUAAGUAUAGCUUGAUCAGCAUAGUUUGGUCAUUAUAGUUUGGUCAUUAUAGUUUGGUCAUUACAGUUUGGUCAUUAUAGUUUGGUCAUUAUAGUUUGGUCAUUAUAGUUUGGUCAUUAUAGUUUGGUCAUUAUAGUUUGGUCAUUAUAAGUUGGUCAUUAUAGUUUGGUCAUUAUAGUUUGGUCAUUAUAGUUUGGUCAUUAUAGUUUGGUCAUUAUGGUUUCUUCAUUUGUGUGCGCACUUGGCAUCCAGAAAAUAUGGUAAGCUUACUCAUUAUAGCUUGCGCCGUAUAAUUUGGUCAUUAUAGCUUGAUCAGUAUAGAAUUAGUCAAUAUAGUUUGGUUUGCAUAGAAUGUUAGACCCAGUUUAAUGAUACGACUCGCCUAUCGCCAUUUACAAGUUUUUCUUUGAGUUUAUUAUAUUCUGUCAUCUGGUGCUCAAAUAAAACUUUUUUUUUAAACGACCUUUAGCUCAGAAUGCAUUCUAUAAAUUAUGUGUAUUUUCCAGCACCAUCAACUCCUAGCACAGGGCAGGACAAGAAUGUCCCACUCUAACCAUGCCAGGUUCAACAGGAGCUCCUAUGAUCGGCUGCAUGAUGCAGAGACAGGAGACAGCAGGGAUUUUGGUGACCUCACACUCAGGAGGAAAAACAGGUAAAUAGUAAUGUGUAGGGUCACAGAUAUUCAGAGGACAGCAGCUGGUUGUAUCAGAGGUGGAUCCAGAAGACAGCAGCUGGUUGUAUCAGAGGUGGAUCCAGAAGACAGCAGCUGGUUGUAUCAGAGGUGGAUCAGAAGACAGCAGCUGGUUGUAUCAGAGGUGGAUCCAGAAGACAGCAGCUGGUUGUAUCAGAGGUGGAUCCAGAAGAUAGUAGCUGGUUGUAUCAGAGGUGGAUCCAGAAGAUAGUAGCUGUUUGUAUCAGAGGUGGAUCCAGAAGAUAGUAGAUGGUUGUAUCAGAGGUGGACCCAGAAGAUAGUAGCUGGUUGUAUCAGAGGUGGAUCCAGAAGAUAGUAGCUGGUUGUAUCAGAGGUGGAUCCAGAAGAUAUUAGCUGGUUGUACCACAGGUUGGAUCCAGAAGAUAGUGGCUGGUUGUAUCAGAGGUGGAUCCACACUAAGGACUAGCCACACUAAGGACUAGCCAUACUAAGGACUAGCCACACUAAGGACUAGCCACACUAAGGACUAGCCAUACUAAGGACUAGCCACACUAAGGACUAGCCACACUAAGAACUAGCCACACUGAGGACUAGCCAUACUAACGACUAGCCACACUAAGGACUAGCCACACUAAGGACUAACCACACUAAAGAGUAGCCACACAUAAGACUAGCCAUCCUCCAAAAGAAAGAUGCACUCAGUCACCUUUGCCUGUCAGGUAACAGUGGCAAGAACACGUGACCAAAGGUGCUGUUUGUUAACGAGUCACAGUACUGUGCGAUUUCCUGGUCAGAUUGCUUUUCAACAAUAGUUAUUGGCAGCUGCGUGAUGACGUCAUCGCAAUGACCAGGACCUGUCUGUUGCUAAAAACAUUAAUAAAUGAGACAGGUGAAAGUCACCAAGAAAAGAAAGAAAGAAAAACACCCAAUGCAAUGAUCACAUCCUGUUUACGUUUUUAGCUUCGUGACGUCACACUUUAACCGGCAAUAUUCGAUUCAGUCCAGUGGUUUUGAGUCAGGAAUAUUUUUCACACUCUUGAUUUAGUGACGUGAUUCAUAAAAGGAGUGUCUGGCUGUCCAGGCAGACGUAAAUAAUGGUGGACGUCUUUACAUUUUUUAUUUAGCGUCUGCACAUUUUUGUCACACAUUCACACACAAGGCAUACACACUUACACAGGCAACAAUGACCCCCCACCCCCUCUUCACCUGAUACCAAAGCAUAUAUUUCAACUUGCUGACCAGUCCUAAUGUAAUCUAAGUAGCACCCACAGUAGAAACUAUCUAAGUUUACGGUGACCGCAAGUGAAAGAAUUCAAGUUGGCAAAAAACAUGUGUUAUUAUAAGGUUCUUUUCUUUUAAGCUAUUGCCUUGUGAGAAAGGUGGUGUUUCUAAAAGGGAGAAAGGUGAUGUUUCUAAAAGGGAGAAAGGUGAUGUUUCUAAAAGUGAGAAAGGUGGUGCUCCUAAAAGUGAGAAAGGUGAUGUUUCUAAAAGUGAGAAAGGUGAUGCUCCUAAAAGUGAGAAAGGUGAUGUUCCUAAAAGUGAGAAAGGUGAUGUUUCUAAAAGUGAGAAAGGUGAUGUUUCUAAAAGUGAGAAAGGUGGUGCUCCUAAAAGUGAGAAAGGUGGUGCUCCUAAAAGUGAGAAAGGUGAUGUUUCUAAAAGUGAGAAAGGUGAUGUUUCUAAAAGUGAGAAAGGUGAUGUUUCUAAAAGUGAGAAAGGUGAUGUUUCUAAAAGUGAGAAAGGUGAUGUUUCUAAAAGUGAGAAAGGUGAUGUUUCUAAAAGUGAGAAAGGUGAUGUUUCUAAAAGUGAGAAAGGUGAUGUUUCUAAAAGUGAGAAAGGUGAUGUUUCUAAAAGUGAGAAAGGUGAUGUUUCUAAAAGUGAGAAAGGUGAUGUUUCUAAAAGUGAGAAAGGUGAUGUUUCUAAAAGUGAGAAAGGUGAUGUUUCUAAAAGUGAGAAAGGUGAUGUUUCUAAAAGUGAGAAAGGUGAUGUUUCUAAAAGUGAGAAAGGUGAUGUUUCUAAAAGUGAGAAAGGUGAUGUUUCUAAAAGUGAGAAAGGUGAUGUUUCUAAAAGUGAGAAAGGUGAUGUUUCUAAAAGUGAGAAAGGUGAUGUUUCUAAAAGUGAGAAAGGUGAUGUUUCUAAAAGUGAGAAAGGUGAUGUUUCUAAAAGUGAGAAAGGUGAUGUUUCUAAAAGUGAGAAAGGUGAUGUUUCUAAAAGUGAGAAAGGUGAUGUUUCUAAAAGUGAGAAAGGUGAUGUUUCUAAAAGUGAGAAAGGUGAUGUUUCUAAAAUUGAGAAAGGUGAUGUUUCUAAAAGUGAGAAAGGUGAUGUUUCUAAAAGGGAGAAAGGUGAUGUUUCUAAAAGUGAGAAAGGUGAUGUUUCUAAAAGUGAGAAAGGUGAUGUUCCUAAAAGUGAGAAAGGUGGUGUUUCUAAAAGUGAGAAAGGUGGUGUUUCUAAAAGUGAGAAAGGUGGCGGACUGUUGAAUCAGGGUGGCCCUAUGGCGGACUGUUGAAUCAGGUGACUCUAUGGCGGACUGUUGAAUCAGGUGACUCUAUGGCGGACUGUUGAAUCAGGGUGACCCUAUGGCGGACUGUUGAAUCAGGGUGACCCUAUGGCGGACUGUUGAAUCAGGGUGACUCUAUGGCGGACUGUUGAAUCAGGGUGGCCUUAUGGCGGACUGUUGAAUCAGGGUGGCCUUAUGGCGGACUGUUGAAUCAGGGUGACCCAAUGGCGGACUGUUAAAUCAGGGUGACCCUAUGGCGGACUGUUGAAUCAGGGUGACCCUAUGGCGGACUGUUGAAUCAGGGUUACCUGGCGGACUGUGUCACUGUUUGCAGCCAAUCAAUGCCACCUCUACGAGAUAGAAACAACCGAAGGGACCAUUUUGAUAUGGUCAUUUAUGUGAUAAAAAUGAUUAUUUACAAUGCCGUAAAAAAUAUUUCCAUUUUGUAGAUCAAUAAAGGGUCUUAUCUAAUAUUACAUUAGCGUAUAUUCUUCUUAUUUUAUCUUUCGAGGGCCCACGAUCAAUGAAUUGAUCAUUCUUGCUUUUAUGUUUCCAUCGGAGUUCGCCAUGUUACUGUGCAUGGUUUUCAAGGGGAUACCUCACUGGUUUCAAGGGCUACUCAGCAGUGGUAUUAUGAACUGGGGGUUGGAAGACAGGAGGCAAUAGACGCAAAUUUGUCCAGUGUAGUCGCCUCAACUGUUACUUUUGGAAGCUUGUUCCAGUCCCCUAUUGUCUUUGGCAGGAAUGAGGAGCUUCUGUACUGAGUUCUUGUUUUAUUAGCCGAAACUGCCAGUCGUGACCUCGUCGCUGUCUAGUGGGGAAAUGGAAGAGUUUCUGUUUAAUGUUGGAGCAGUGGACAAACCCAUUUUUGUUCUUGUACAACAUGGUGAGCUUGGAUAGUCGUCGUCGUUCUUCCAAUGUUGACCAGCCCAGUGUUUCUAGCAUGCUGCCAACUCUUGAGGUGUUUCUGUCGCGGUUCAUGACAAAGCGUGCUGGCCGUCGCUAGACCGCCUCCAACCUGUCGAUGCUUUUCAGGGUAAUGGGUCUCAGAUUGUAGAUGGACACUCUAAAAGUUGCCAGACAAAGGCUUUAUAGGCUUUUUCUUUCACGCUUGAGUUUCCGAUCUUCAGCUAUCGCCAUAGGAACCCCAAGGUCCUGUUUGUCAUGUUUGUCCGGUUGCACACAUUCUUAACGUGCCCGUCCCAGCGGACCUCUCUUUGAAUAGUAACACCUAGGUACCUAGCGGAGGACACUGGCUCAAGAAUAUGGCCAUGCAAUUCGUAAGAGUGGUGUAGAGGGUAUCUGCUUCUGGAGACUGGCAAUUGACGGGUUGAGAUUUCAUGUCCCAGCUCAUCUCCCACCCUACUUAACCAAUCAAUGGAACAUAUUAUUUUAGUUUGCUCUCAUACACACUUUGCGCUAUCAUACACAUUCUGCCCCACAUACACACACUGCGCCACCAUAACACUCUACGCCACCAUACACACUCUGCGCCACCAUACACACUCUGCGCCAUCAUAUACACUCCGCGCCAUCAUACACACUCCGCGCCAUCAUACACACUCCGCGCCAUCAUACACACUCCGCGCCAUCAUACACUUGCCUCUAACAUAAGUAGGAUAGAGAAUUAGAAAGCAUAGAUUUCUGUAUGUGUUACGGUGGCCAUUUGGUAAGGGGUUUUUGGACAUAAAAAAAAAUACAUUUUAUUGAAAAAAACGUGUGAAUGAGGUAAGACAAGAUCAGAUGUGAUGAGAUAAGAUGAGCUCAGAUAAGAUCUGAUGAGAUAAGAUGUGCUCAGAUAAUAUGUGAUAAGAUAAGAUGAGAUGAAAUAAGAUGCUUUAUUGAUCAUAAGAAAUGGAAAUUUGUUUUGAUUACAUUGCGCAUAUUCUUUUCAGCUUUGAAAGUUUUUGAAUGUCCCCCCCUCCCCCCUCCAAGUCCCUUGUUAUAUAACAAAGCGUUGGAUACAGGGGUCUCCAAACUUUUCAGCCCAAGGGCCGCAUUAACUAUCAAACAGCAGUUCGGGGUCGACUACACACUCGAGGUCCAAAUAAAAAAUCAAAAAUCAAAACAUGGAUGUUGUUUUUAAUUAUUUAUUUAAAAAUUAUUUCAUUCAGUUAUUAUUUAAUAACACUUGGUACACGUCACAUGAACACCUGUAUUGGUUGGCAUGGUGAAAUUAUUUCCUGGAUGCCAAAAUAGCAGAUAUUUCUGGCUUUAGAUUUAAUGUCCCUAACAUCAACAGUGACCUAAGAUUAUCAUCGGACAAGUUUGUUCUCAAAUUGUUCUUCACAAAUUUCAUUCUUGAAAAUGUUUGUUUACACAGUUAUAUUGUUCCAAAGACAGAAAGGUAACUUGAUGCCACAGUUUUGACAUUAGGAAAUUCUUCCUUGGGCAAAACUGGUAAAAACAACCAGUCUUUCUGUGAACUUGACCCCAAGGAAGUCAUUUGCUUGCAACUCAUUGACCUCGAGCUGCAUUUCAUCUGGGCAACUGGCCACAUCUGAUUCAAAUUGGUUUUGGAACAGUCUCACUUUUUCUGCCUUUGAAUCCAAGUCAGAAAACCGCUGCUGAAACUGCAGCUGGAGGUCUUUGAUGAUCUCGCAUGCAAAUGACGUUGUGGACCUCCGCUGUUGCUUCAGCCAUGAAGAACGUCCACUGCUGAAAGUGUGUCAAGUUGUUUGCCUGUACUUGUUCCAAAAACAAGACGAGUUUGGAUCUGAAGGCCUUUAGGUGGAUCUAUAGAUCAGGAACUAGAUUUUCCUCUCUUUGUAGCUUUAGGUUCAGAAAAUUUAAAUUACUAGUGAUGUUUUCAGCAAAGACCCAUUUCCAUACCCACUCUUCAUCAGACACUAAUGGCUGUGGCUUGCCUUUACUUUACAGAAAGUCACUUAUUUCCUUUCUUAACUUAAAUACUCUGCUCAGAACUUUCUCACAACUUAGCCAUCUUACUGCUGUGUAAUAUGGUAAAUCUUGCAAUUCUGUGUCUGUAUCUUUCAACAGGUCUCUGAACUGUCUAGGUCUAUGGCCGCAUCCGGCCCGCGGGCCGUUGUUUGGGGACCCCUGCGUUUGAAGAACCAUUGUUUGAACGGUUGUCGGAGUCUUCAAAGUGCCAUGCCAACCAUUGUGUUCAUGCCAACCAUUGUGUUCAGGCCAACCAUUGUGUUCAGACCAGCCAUUGUGUUCAGGCCAACCAUUGUGUUCAGGCCAGCCAUUGUGUUCAGGCCAGCCAUUGUGUUCAGGCCAACCAUUGUGUUCAGGCCAGCCAUUGUGUUCAGGCCAAACAGUGUUUUCAGGCCAGCCAUUAUGUUCAGGCCAGCCAUUGUGUUCAGGCCAACCAUUCUGUUCAGGCCAACCAUUGUGUUCAGGCCAAACAGUGUGUUCAGUCAGUUAAUCUGUUAAAUGUGGAGGCUCUUGGGUGUGCGUUGUCAUUUUGAACACUGUCUGAUCAUUUUGUUCGAACGGAGCUCUCUGCUCUCUUCAAGAUCAAAGACAAUCAUAACGUCAUAAUGUUAAGAAGGCGAGGUCAGAGGUGAGCUAACAGUCUGUGCAAAUGGGUUAGGGAUAAAUUAGGGUCAAAGGUCAAUACAUUGUUGUAAGAAUAACGUUGUCUUCUUCUUCCACCAACGCAAAGAUUCUUUUAAAAAAAUUGUAUUUAUAAUUGUCAUUAGAUUUGUCAUUUUUAAAUUAUACACCAGGUUUGGAAAGAAAAGUAUAAAGAUUAUCGCGCCAGAAUAAUAAUUUUUUGUGUGUGUAACUCAUGAAAUCUAAGAGAAUCCGAACAUAAAUAAGCAACAGCCAGUGGUUGGUCUCAUUGCUCUCGUUAAGAUUUGCGACACAGAGACUCUCUUUCAAGGCGUCCUCUGAGUUUAGGCUCAAUAGCAACACGCCGUCCAAGAACACAUGCUUCACCUAUUGGCUCGUGUGUUUCGAUCGAGAAGAUUUCCUACAACACAAUACUGAAGUAAACAGAGCUCCUCUACUAGGAUAUUUCUCAUGGCUCUACUUCUGUGUGUCAGCCAUACCUCACUAAUCAACUCAGGUCCCUAAAUUUUUUUUUUAUCCAUAGCUGGAGACAUAAGACUCGACCUAACAGUUUCGACAUUCAAUCCACAUCCGUGGUCAAAAUCUCCCAUGGAUAAAAUAUGCGCGCCUUGUUUUUAUAAGGAUAUGUAAAUGUAGUAUUUACAGAUGUGCACACCUUGUAGUAUAGAAAAGGGAGAGGGGGGGGGGGAGGAGUACGCCCUUAUUUUCCGAAGGUUCGGGUCAUGUCAACGCACAAGUUAAACACUUAUUACAUUUUGGGGGGGGGGGUGCUGUGGCGUAAGAAGCUAUGUCCUAUAUACCUUCUGACCUUCUGCAAAUUAGGCUGUGUUCAGUGUGACUGCGCUUACCUGACGGUCCCUUUAGUAUGACUGUCUGAGAGUUUGAUAGUAAGACUGUCGAAGCGUUGCAGUACGUCUUUCGGGACACUGGAUAGUGGAUAGUGGACUGUUGAGGAUUGGAUAACUGCUAGAAUGAUCCACCACACUCGUGUGUAAGUUAGUCUGUGUGGUUUUUUUUUAAAAAUAAAUUUUAUUUUGUAAGGGAUGGGGUCAAGGCAGCUGCUUGUACCUUUGUUUUGAUCUAAGAGCUUUGAGAUUAGAGGCUCAAUUAAAGUGUUAUGAUGAAUAAUUAGGGCUUCGUCUUUGCACAUGUAUGAAUGCCAUGAUGUCGCUGUAGGUAAUGGGAUCCCCUCAGCUGCGGUAGUUGAGGCCAAUCAUAGGAUAUGUAACUAUGGGCCAUGAUUGUAUUUCGUUGACGUGGUAGAAUGACAUAUCAUUUCCAUCACGUUGCUGUGUCGUGGUUAAUCGUAUAUUCAAGGAUUUGAUGAAAUAUUCGUAGAAUAAAUCAAUGGCUUAUCUUGACGAUAGCAUAAAUUAUACAAGAGUUAAUGUUCCAAUACUAUACAGGGGCGUAGGAACUAUGUUCGGGGGGGGGGGCGUGGGGCGGUCCAAGCGGUUGACAAUUUUUUGAGGUCGGCAUUUUCUGUUUACUUCAAAUACUACGUACGUUUAAUUUUUAUUGUGUUUUCUGAAUGUCUCACCAUUUUCGCGACUUAGUGGCAGCAAAGUCAAAGAUUGUCUCGGGCGUCACGAGUUACGGACACCUGAAGGCACUGGCAUAAUAGAAUUAAUAAUAUAAUAAUUGUUUCACACACUAAUGUGCACCAAAAGAACGAUCCCCUAGAUAUUGGUCCAACUUGAUAUGUCGUGAGAUAUCAUUGGUGUAACCAGGGCUGUGGCCGGCAAUUGAUAUGUCGUGAGAUAUCAUUGGUGUAACCAGGGCUGUGGCCGGCAAUUGAUAUGCCGUGAGAUAUCAUUGGUGUAACCAGGGCUGUGGCCGGCAAAAAGCUACGCACGGAGCAAAGCCUUCAUUGUGCCCCCUAAAGUAUAUUAUAAUAAUACCCAUGUUUCACAUGAAGUAAAAGACUUUUAGCACCCUCUGAAGUUGGUCCCCUUCACCAUCCUUCUAAUGGCCCGGUAUACAAUAGUUAUAUCUCUGAAGUUGGCCCCCUUCCCCCUCCUUCUAAUGGCCCGGUAUACAAUAGUUAUUUGUCUGAAGUUGGCCCCAUUCCUCCUCUUUCUAAUGGCCCGGUAUACAAUAGUUAUAUCUCUGAAGUUGGUCCCCUUGACCAUCCUUCUAAUGGCCCGGUAUACAAUAGUUAUAUCUCUAAAAUUGGGCACUUUCCCCCUCCUUCUAAUAGCCCGGUAUAAUUACAAAAGUUUUAUUGUUGUAGACCAUUGGUACACCAUUAACUGAAAAGAGCAUUUUCAUCAAUGUGUUGAAUCAGGUUAAACGUCUAUCUCAAUACAAAUUGAUAAAACCAUCAUAACACAGUUUACUAAUCAUCCAUGACGGCGCCACGCGUCAGAAAAUGCAAGGGGGUGGGGUGCCAUGAGUAAGGGGUGGUGUGUGAUUAAAGGGUCUGUUUAGCGUUACUAAUUUGUGACGUCAUUUAAGGCUAAAAAAAAAUUAAACCAAUGUUUCCCCAACAUUCUCUAUACUCUGCACCCCUUGGAAUUAUUUGACUAGUCUUGCAACCCUAGGAAUUAUUUGACUAGUCUUGCACCCCUAGGAAUUAUUUGACUAGUCUUGCACCCCUAGGGAUUAUUUGAAUAGUCUCGCACCCCCUACGGAUUAUUUGACUAGUCUAGCACCCCUAAGAAUUCAUUGACUAGUCUCAUACCCCCUACACAAAUUAAAUUUAAAUUUAAUUUAAUUUAAAAUUUGAAUAAAAUGGACUUGUGACUUGUUACAUUAAGGAAAAUGUACAUAGGGAAAUGUUAAAAUGUAGAUCAACAUUUAUAGCAUAAAUGAAAAGCUACUGUUUCCUAUGUUCUUUUAAUCCAUUUCCUUGCACUCUCUGAAGUGAAUCUGUUGCACUCUCUCAAGUGAAUCUGUUGCACUCUCUCAAGUGAAUCUGUUGCACUCUCUCAAAUGAAACUGUUGUAUUCUCUGAAUUGAAUCUGUUGCACUCUCUGAAGUGAAUCUGUUCCACUCUCUCAAAUGAAACUGUUGCACUCUCUCAAAUGAAUCUUUUGCACUCUCUGAAGUAAAUCUGUUGCACUCUCUGAAGUGAAUCUGUUCCACUCUCUCAAAUGAAACUGUUGCACUCUCUCAAAUGAAUCUUUUGCACUCUCUGAAGUAAAUCUGUUGCACUCUCUGAAGUAAAUCUGUUGCACUCUCUGAAGUGAAUCUGUUGCACUCUCUGAAGUGAAUCUGUUGCACUCUCUGAAGUAAAUCUGUUGCACUCUCUGAAGUAAAUCUGUUGCACUCUCUGAAGUAAAUCUGUUGCACUCUCUGAAGUAAAUCUGUUGCACUCUCUGAAGUAAAUCUGUUGCACUCUCUGAAGUAAAUCUGUUGCACUCUCUGAAGUGAAUCUGUUGCACUCUCUGAAGUAAAUCUGUUGCACUCUCUGAAGUAAAUCUGUUGCACUCUCUGAAGUAAAUCUGUUGCACUCUCUGAAGUGAAUCUGUUGCACUCUCUGAAGUGAAUCUGUUGCACUCUCUGAAGUAAAUCUGUUGCACUCUCUGAAGUAAAUCUGUUGCACUCUCUGAAGUAAAUCUGUUGCACUCUCUGAAGUAAAUCUGUUGCACUCUCUGAAGUAAAUCUGUUGCACUCUCUGAAGUGAAUCUGUUGCACUCUCUGAAGUAAAUCUGUUGCACUCUCUGAAGUAAAUCUGUUGCACUCUCUGAAGUAAAUCUGUUGCACUCUCUGAAGUGAAUCUGUUGCACUCUCUGAAGUGAAUCUGUUGCACUCUCUGAAGUAAAUCUGUUGCACUCUCUGAAGUGACUCUGUUAUACAUUUCUUGAAGUUGUGAAAUAUAUACAAACAGCCAAUCCAAAUAAACGAAGACUGUGGAACUCUUCCAUGAUACAACAAUUAUUUAAAGCAUUUUAAUAACCCAUGCAAGGCUAUUUACCUGAUGGGAAUGGAUAUUCCAUAUCGUUGUGCAUAUAGACCCUAAGACAUGGAUGUUCCAUAUCGUCCUGUAUAUAUCUUUAAACUUUACUAUCCUGACUGAUUCCCCCUCUGAUCGAGAAGCAAUGCUGCUGGUUAGCCGUCCAUGGCUUGACAUGUAAAUAGUUCUUGAAUAUGAGGAGUGAAUAUACAUUUGUUUUGUUUUAUUUAAUUGAUGUAUGUUAAUUUUUAAGUUCACGAUUAUGUUUGUUACAUUGCACCACCAACAAUAAUAAUAAUAAUAAUAAUAAUAAUAAUAAUAAUAUAGUCUCUAAGACAUGGCUAUUCCAUAUCGUCUUGUAUAUAGACUCUGAGACAUGGAUAUUUUUAUGUACAGCGAGGUGAGCCCAGCCCUAGCCUGGGGUACCACGCUAUAUAAGACCUCUUAUUAUUAUUAUUAUUAUUAUAUUCCAAAUCGUCAUGAAUACAGACGCAGUUUUAAGCUAGGCUCAUAUUCAUGCGGGAAUAAAAUUGAAUAUUGACUGACACCAGACUUAUUGACUUCAUUUAAUACCGAAAUUUUUAUCCAUUUAUAAAUAAAAAAUAUUUAUCACGAAACUGUGUGUCAUUUCAACUAUUAGCCUAGACGAGAACUCUCUAGACCAGAACUCUCUAGACAAGAACUCUCUAGACCAGAACUCUCUAGACCAGAACUCUCUAGACCAGAACUCUCUAGAUCAGAACUCUCUAGACGAGAACUCUCUAGACCAGAACUCUCUAGAUCAGAACUCUCUAGAUCAGAACUCUCUAGACCAGAACUCUCUAGAUCAGAACUCUCUAGACCAGAACUUUCUAAAUCAGAACUCUCUAGAUCAGAACCUUCUAGACCAGAACUCUCUAGAUCAGAACUCUCUAGACCAGAACUCUCUAGACGAGAACUCUCUAGACCAAAACUCUCUAGACCAGAACUCUCUAGACCAGAACUCUCUAGACCAGAACUCUCUAGACCAGAACUCUCUAGACCAGAACUCUCUAGACGAGAACUCUCUAGACCAGAACUCUCUAGACCAGAACUCUCUAGAUCAGAACUCUCUAGACGAGAACUCUCUAGACCAGAACUCUCUAGAUCAGAACUCUCUAGACGAGAACUCUCUAGACCAUAACUCUCUAGACGAGAAUUCUCUAGACCAGAACUCUCUAGACCAGAACUCUCUAGACCAGAACUCUCUAGACCAGAACUCUCUAGACCAGAACUCUCUAGACCAGAACUCUCUAGAUCAGAACUCUCUAGACCAGAACUCUCUAGAUCAGAACCCUCUAGAUCAGAACCUUCUAGACCAGAACUCUCUAGACCAGAACUCUCUAGACUAGAACUUUCUAGACCAGAACUCUCUAAACCAGAACUCUCUAGACCAGAACUCUCUAGACCAGAACUCUCUAGAUCAGAACUCUCUAGACCAUCUCUAGACCAGAACUCUCUAGACCAGAACUCUCUAGACAGAACCGUCCAACAUUUUUGACUACGUGGGCCAAUUUUAUUUCCGCAAAUUCGAGGGCCGCACUUGACAUCUCAAAAUCAUUUUUUGUGAAGUUUUAAGAAAAUUAUUUUCAUUAAUACGUAUUACCUUAUGCAUAAAGAGCCAUAUAUCCAAUAAUAUAAAGAGUCAUAUAUCCAAUAAUAUAAAGAGUCAUAUAUCCAAUAAUAUAAAGAGUCAUAUAUCCAAUAAUAUCAAGAGUCAUGUAUCCAAUAAUAUCAAGAGUCAUAUAUCCAAUAAUAUCAAGAGUCAUAUAUCCAAUAAUAUCAAGAGUCAUGUAUCCAAUAAUAUCAAGAGUCAAUUAUCCAAAAAUAUCAAGAGUCGUGUAUCCAAUAAUAUCAAGAGUAAUGUAUCCAAUAAUAUCAUGAGCCAUUUAUCCAAUAAUAUCAUGAGUCAUAUAUCCAAUGGCAUAAAGAGUCAUAUACCCAAUAGCAUAGAGAGUCAUAUAUGCAAUGGCAUAAAAAGUCAUAUACCCAACAGCAUAGACAGUCAUAUAUUCAAUAGCACAAAGAGUCAUAUAUUCAAUAGCACAAAGAGUCAUAUAUUCAAUAGCACAAAGAGUCAUAUAUUCAAUAGCACAAAGAGUCAUAUAUUCAAUAGCACAAAGAGUCAUAUAUUCAAUAGCACAAAGAGUCAUAUAUUCAAUAGCACAAAGAGUCAUAUAUUCAAUAGCACAAAGAGUGAUAUAUUCAAUAGCACAAAGAGUCAUAUAUUCAAUAGCACAAAGAGUCAUAUAUUCAAUAGCACAAAGAGUCAUAUAUUCAAUAGCACAAAGAGUCAUAUAUUCAAUAGCACAAAGAGUCAUAUAUUCAAUAGCACAAAGAGUCAUAUAUUCAAUAGCACAAAGAGUCAUAUAUUCAAUAGCACAAAGAGUCAUAUAUUCAAUAGCACAAAGAGUCAUAUAUCAUAUAUUCAAUAGCACAAAGAGUCAUAUAUUCAAUAGCACAAAGAGUCAUAUAUUCAAUAGCACAAAGAGUCAUAUAUUCAAUAGCACAAAGAGUCAUAUAUUCAAUAGCACAAAGAGUCAUAUAUUCAAUAGCACAAAGAGUGAUAUAUUCAAUAGCACAAAGAGUCAUAUAUUCAAUAGCACAAAGAGUCAUAUAUUCAAUAGCACAAAGAGUCAUAUAUUCAAUAGCACAAAGAGUCAUAUAUUCAAUAGCACAAAGAGUCAUAUAUUCAAUAGCACAAAGAGUCAUAUAUUCAAUAGCACAAAGAGUCAUAUAUUCAAUAGCACAAAGAGUCAUAUAUUCAAUAGCACAAAGAGUGAUAUAUUCAAUAGCACAAAGAGUCAUAUAUUCAAUAGCACAAAGAGUCAUAUAUUCAAUAGCACAAAGAGUCAUAUAUUCAAUAGCACAAAGAGUCAUAUAUUCAAUAGCACAAAGAGUCAUAUAUUCAAUAGCACAAAGAGUCAUAUAUUCAAUAGCACAAAGAGUCAUAUAUCCUUUUUAGAUUUUAUAAAUGUUCACCAGUCAAAGAGUUGCGUGUUGUUUUUUGACUUUAUGUAGGUCAUUACAGAGAACCCAGCUUCACUGGUUUAGGGUGUUUCCCAAAACUCUGACAACCAGGUACUUAUCCCCAACGUCUGAAGAAUACAGGAUGGACGCACACUCUGCCAAACCUGGCUAGACUUCCUGUAUAUAUAACAUGAUACCAUACAUGGUUCAUACUGCCAAAUGGAGUCAUUCAAGUGUGACACCUUUAUAACCUCAGCUCCCAUCUCGAUUUCUCUGACCCGAAGUCUCACAUAAUGUUAUACGGUAUCAUUCUCAACCGACAAAGCGGGUAGUUCAGUCGCUGUGCGCGCCUGUCUAUUAUAUUUCCCUUUGUCCCGUUGGUGGGGGGCAUGGACAUCAAAUAACUACACAUCAUAUGACUUUCCCUGUUCAUCUUUCUCAGCACUGUGAGUAAUUAUACCCGAUAACCCGCGACGCUUCCCGUGUAUAAUCAACAGAAAGAAAAUGAAGAUAUUAUUCGAGUUCAUGUUAUUUGGUUCUCAAAGGGUUGCUCCGCGAAUGUGCUUAAUACAAAUUACAGCAACCUGCCAAGCCAUCCUACUCCUUGGCUUGUGUGACCUUCACCCUUUCAAUACUGCAACUCGUCCUCUGCACUCACGCGAUUUCCCAGCAAUACUAAAUCAAUAAAUGCGGUUUGAAGACAUUUUCACCUUAAAAAUGUUUCAUUUUUUAUCACACAUCAUAAAAAUGUCUCAAGCUGUGACGGGCCAGUGAAAAUCAGGUCGCGGGCCACGGGCUGGACAGCACUGCUUUAGACCCUAAUCUGCCACACUGUUCUCAAUGCAGUCAAACUGUCAAUGCGUGACUCUUAUUGGUACACAGUGGGCCGUUAAGCAUUUGAUGACGUAGGAUCUGUGACUAUGCGCCGACGCCUUUUUGCCCCCUCCCCCCCCGGGCCCCUCUCUUUUCGACUCGCUUGGUUGAUUUCACUUAAUCAUCCCAGUGUAAUUUGAUAUUCUGAAACGAUCUUUAUACUGGUGGCAGCCUAGAAAGCUCAUCUAACACCAGAAUGUCAACACUCUUUAUACUGGUGGCAGCCAAAAAAGCUCUUCAUACAACGGAUUGCUAACGAUCUUUAUACUGGUGGCAGCCCAGAAAGACCUAUGAAUUCCCUGCUACUAACGUUAGAUCGGUAUCAGGGCUUUUAUCACGUAUUAUGUAAAAGGAAAUCCAAGGCCUCAAAAUAAAACACCAGAAGGUGUCACGCGUAUCUGAAUUCAAUGUACUAGAGUUGUGGCACUAUAGAAGUGGCGAAUCCAAAUCAUUUUGCCAGUUGCACAAGGAAAACACCAAUUGCUGUGAAGUUUGAUUGAUAGUUUUCUGAGGAGAAAAGGCCGGUAACCAGGACACAUAAGCAAUUGAAACUGGUUGGUUAAUGUUAUAUUAGAAUAAGCAACACAGUUCCAGAAUUUACGCAGUUCCCUGUGUAUUCAUGACAACACAGUUCCAGAAUUUAUGCAGUUCCCUGUGUAUUCAUGACAACACAGUUCCAUAAUUUAUGCAGUUUCCUGUGUAUUCAUGACAACACAGUUCCAGAAUUUAUGCAGUUUCCUGUGUAUUCAUUACAACACAGUUCCAGAAUUUAUGCAGUUCCCUGUGUAUUCAUGACAACACAGUUCCAUAAUUUAUGCAGUUUCCCGUGUAUUCAUGACAACACAGUUCCAGAAUUUAUGCAGUUUCCUGUGUAUUCAUGACAACACAGUUCCAGAAUUUAUGCAGUUUCCCGUGUAUUCAUGACACCACAGUUCCAGAAUUUAUGCAGUUUCCUGUGUAUUCAUGACAACACAGUUCCAGAAUUUAUGCAGUUUCCCGUGUAUUCAUGACACCACAGUUCCAGAAUUUAUGCAGUUUCCUGUGUAUUCAUGACAACACAGUUCCAGAAUUUAUGCAGUUUCCCGUGUAUUCAUGACACCACAGUUCCAGAAUUUAUGCAGUUUCCUGUGUAUUCAUGACAGCACAGUUCCAGAGUUUACCCAGUUCCCUGUGUAUUCAUGACAUAACAGUUCCAGAGUUUACACAGUUCCCCAUGUAUUCAUGACAACACAGUUCCAGAAUUUAUGCAGUUCCCUGUGUAUUCAUUACAACACAAUUAUCUGUGUAAUAGAAGCAGGACUGUUUUUGGUAACAAAUCUGCGAUUCUUUAUUGAAUGCUUGCUACUAUUAUCUGACAGAAAAGAUUUCAUUCGUUAGAUUUUUAAAAUCAACCACUGACCUCGAUCUUGUAGGACUGAAAAUGCUACGGAGAAUGGUAAGAAUGACUUUGACUUACUUAGAUACAUACCUCAGCGACUGCAAUGAAUUGAAUAACCUUUGAAUUUCUUUAUAGAGAUCCCAGAUUGUAAGCUUGACUGAAAAUCAAACUCUUAAAAACGAAAAUGGUAAGUUUAACACUAUGUUGAAGAAAUAAAUAAAAAUAAUAAUUACAAAAAAAGACGUCCCAAGACGAAUUUGAGCGCACCAAAAGGUCGGAAAUAAUUGGACAUUUCUUAAAAUGCUUCACGCAAAGAAAGUCUGGGCAGAAGAAGAUGAGCACUCCGUGUAGCCGAAGGAUUUGAAUGGCAUGCAGACGAAACUUAAAUAUAUUUAUUAUUAAAUUUUGAAAAUAGUAUUUUGCACAGACCCUAGACAAAUCCAAUUGAUUCUUAGAACAUUGAGACAGUCAAGACAAAAGACAAAGCCAAUAGGUUCAUAGAACAUGGAGACAGUCAAGACAUAAGAAAAAUCCAAUCUGUUCAUAGAACAUUGAGACAGUCAAGACACAAGACAAAUCCAAUUGGUUCAUAGAUUAUUGAGACAGCAAAGUUACAAGACGAAUCCAAUCGAAUCAUGCACCAAUAUUUAAUUUCACCCUUGAACCAUUUCUCAACAGGGCUUUCAUAAAAUACUCCGUUGAUCUCAUAACAAAGUUUUGGGCCAUGUAAGUUUCAAAAGUUGCUCUGUGUGUUAUCAUGCAAUCCCGAGUUUUAUCUCGUGUUUGAAGAUCUAAUGAGUAAAGCCAGUGGUUCUCAAAUUGUUUCGGCUUUCAUCCCCCCUCAAACCAUGCAAAUCUCAAACGUAUUUCCUGGUCCAUAGUUCGAUUGAUGGGCUUAGUGGACUGAUAGGGCUUAGUGGACUGAUAGGGCUUAGUGGACCGAUAGGGCUUAGUGGACCGAUAGGGCUUAGUGGACUGAUAGGGCUUAGUGGACUGAUAGGUCUUAGUGGACUGAUAGGGCUUAGUGGACUGAUAGGGCUUAGUGGAAUGAUAGGGCUUAGUGGAAUGAUAGGGCUUAGUGGACUGAUAGGGCUUAGUGGACUGAUAGGGCUUAGUGGACUGAUAGGGCGUAGUGGACUGAUAGGGCGUAGUGGACUGAUAGGGCUUAGUGGACUGAUAGGGCUUAGUGGACUGAUAGGGCUUAGUGGACUGAUAGGGCGUAGUGGACUGAUAGGGCUUAGUGGACUGAUAGGGCUUAGUGGACUGAUAGGGCUUAGUGGACUGAUAGGGCUUAGUGGACUGAUAGGGCUUAGUGGACUGAUAGGGCUUAGUGGACUGAUAGGUUUUAGUGGACUGAUAGUAUUUUAUCAGUGCCGAAUUUAAAGGCACCGUGGAGAAGACAAAGUCGCGUUCAAUGAUUUUGUUGACACAGGGAAUCUUAAAGUACAGCCCGUUGCCAACGUGUGUAGUGCCUGCUUAUAAAAGUACAAGGAAAGAAGAUCGCAGCUGAAUAAAUAACUAGGUAUGUACUCCAGAGGCCUGCAGUUACAUUAUCACCCAAUCGGCCAACGAUCUUAUGUAGGUCACAUGGUUAAGAAGUGGCCAGGAUGUUUUUUUUUAAAUUUUUAUUGGGGGUUGGGAUAUUUUCUUUUAUUGAGGACAGAGAAAUAAUUUAAUAUUUCUUACUAGACAUUGAUCUGGACAACUUUCAAAAGAAUUUAAAUUUCAUAAUUUAUGUCGUAUAAUUUAGAAGUAGGUACAGUUAAAUGAAAUAAUUUAUUACUUAUUCAAAUGGGCAGAAAAGUGAGUUUGAAACAUACUUACUAGCUAUGUGCCUCCUUCUCCGCAGAUCAAAGAGUGGAAUGACAUUGCUAACAUGACCAAGGCUUCCAGCUGAGUUGUAGCCUUGACUUUAGAAUUAUUUGAUUAAGUGAGGGAGAGUUGCUCAAUUCGUCUGCCCCACUCUCUCGUCCUUGCUCAUUUGUUCUAAUGGCAAGACUUAGUCAAAACGACGGGAGAACAGACCAGGAUGCAGUAGAUGAAUAACAGUGUUUCUUGUGUCUCAAUGUGCUCCUUAUGCGUUCCACGUAGCAGGAGUUGUCGGAAUUUUCAUUGUGUCAAUGUCAUACCGCUCACAGGAAUCCAUCUCCGGGUUUCGGGUUUGAAUUCAGAGUUUGCCUUCUAUUUGAUGAGUUGCUAUUCAAGAUGAACCAGGCCUAUCCUCCCGGGCACAUGACGGGUUUCUCAGCUAGUUAUUUAUAUGAUGUAGAUAUACGGUUAUUUCCAAUUACGUUUAACAAUUGUCUACGGCGCCUCGGCCAGCUUGAUGAAGACUUUUUAGAAAAAAAAAACUGACGAAAUGAUGGAUUUCUUCCGCUCCAGAUCUUAUCAUGGAACUUCUCUUGUCUCGUCACUCAACCGUAUCAGCAAUAUCACACGAAAGACGCGUUAAAACCUGGCCACAACAAAAAUGAAGAUCGAACCAAGCUCAUGUUCACCUACCAACCCUCACAAUUUGACAGCCAAAGACAUUCAUAAAAUCGUAGCAUACAUUUUGCUGACCCCGACACUAAUAAGGUUUUCUCAUCCCCUCCACUGAUUGUCUUCAGACGUGACCUUCUGGUUCAUAGUCACCUUCGAGGUGACCCGUCUUACAUAACGAUUAAACCAUGCCCGAGAAGCCGAUGUAGGACGUGCCCCUAUACACUCCAAACAAAAAAACUUUAGCAUUCCUAAAGGUACCUUUACCAUCAAAGAGGGUUUCACAUGCGUUAGUUGGAAUGUGAUAUACGUGAUUGUGCGCCGUAGAUGUCAUUCUAGUUAUGUAGGCGAAACUGGGAGAAGAUUGGCAGAUAGGUUCACAGAACAUCUUGGGGAUAUUGAACAAGGUAAAUUUUCUCCAGUCUCUUCACACUUCAACGGAGGGCAACAUAAAAGUGCAUUAGAUGUAUCCAUUACGGCACUAAUUUCUUGCACUAAUACACCAGAGAGAGAGAGAGAGUAAAAAUUAUUCAGCUUUUCGGCACCAUAUCUCCAUAUGGUCUGAAUCAAAUACUCUCUUACUGUUUCUCAUGUUCCCUGGAUUUCUUCUUUUUUCCUUAUCCCCUAGGUAUGUAUCCCUAAAUAUUUUGGUCCGUUAAGAUUCUCUAUUCUUAUUUUUCACAGUAUCAAUUUUUAUAUUCUUUCACUUCCUGUAAUCCUACUUCCGGCAACAAAAUGGAAGUCUCGUAAGUUUUUUACGUCUCUCUGUUACUUGUCCUACUUCUUUUCGUCUUGUUUGCUGGUGAAGGCUCUAAGCCGAAACGUUCAAAUCUUUUGUCCUGUCGAUUAAUUCAAGUUCAGCAAACCUUCUUAUAUUUCACCAGCACUUGUUUCCAACUGUUCACCAGCACUUGUUUCCAACUGUUCACCAGCACUUGUUUCCAACAGUUCACCAGCACUUGUUUCCAACUUUUCACUAGCAGUUGUUUCCAACUUUUCACUAGCAAUUGUUUCCAACUGUUCACCAGCAAUUGUUUCCAACUGUUCACCAGCACUUGUUUCCAACUUUUCACUAGCAGUUGUUUCCAACUUUUCACUAGCAGUUGUUUCCAACUUUUCACUCGCAAUUGUUUCCAACUGUUCACCAGCAAUUGUUUCCAACUGUUCACCAGCACUUGUUUCCAACUGUUCACCAGCAAUUGUUUCCAACUGUUCACCAGCACUUGUUUCCAACUGUUCACCAGCACUUGUUUCCAACUGUUCACCAGCACUUGUUUCCAACUGUUCACCAGCACUUGUUUCCAACUGUUCACCAGCACUUGUUUCCAACUGUUCACCAGCAAUUGUUUCCAACUAUUCACCAGCACUUGUUUCCAACUGUUCACCAGCACUUGUUUCCAACUUUUCACUAGCAGUUGUUUCCAACUUUUCACUAGCAGUUGUUUCCAACUUUUCACUAGCAAUUGUUUCCAACUGUUCACCAGCAAUUGUUUCCAACUGUUCACCAGCACUUGUUUCCAACUGUUCACCAGCAAUUGUUUCCAACUGUUCACCAGCACUUGUUUCCAACUGUUCACCAGCACUUGUUUCCAACUGUUCACCAGCACUUGUUUCCAACUGUUCACCAGCACUUGUUUCCAACUGUUCACCAGCACUUGUUUCCAACUGUUCACCAGCACUUGUUUCCAACUGUUCACCAGCACUUGUUUCCAACUGUUCACCAGCACUUGUUUCCAACUGUUCACCAGCAAUUGUUUCCAACUGUUCACCAGCACUUGUUUCCAACUGUUCACCAGCACUUGUUUCCAACUGUUCACCAGCACUUGUUUCCAACUGUUCACCAGCACUUGUUUCCAACUGUUCACCAGCAAUUGUUUCCAACUGUUCACCAGCAAUUGUUUCCAACUGUUCACCAGCACUUGUUUCCAACUGUUCACCAGCACUUGUUUCCAACUGUUCACCAGCAAUUGUUUCCAACUGUUCACCAGCACUUGUUUCCAACUUUCACCAGCACUUGUUUCCAACUGUUCACCAGCACUUGUUUCUAACUGUUCACCAACAAUUGUUUCCAACUGUUCACCAGCACUUGUUUCCAACUGUUCACGAGCACUUGUUUCCAACUGUUCACCAGCAAUUGUUUCCAACUGUUCACCAGCAAUUGUUUCCAACUUUUCACCAGCACUUGUUUCCAACAGUUCACCAGCAAUUGUUUCCAACUGUUCACCAGCAAUUGUUUCCAACUGUUCACCAGCACUUGUUUCCAACUGUUCACCAGCACUUGUUUCCAACUUUUCACCAGCACUUGUUUCCAACUGUUCACCAGCAAUUGUUUCCAACUGUUCACCAGCACUUGUUUCCAACUGUUCACCAGCACUUGUUUCCAACUGUUCAUCAGCAAUUGUUUCCAACUGUUCACCAGCACUUGUUUCCAACUGUUCACCAGCACUUGUUUCCAACUGUUCACCAGCAAUUGUUUCCAACUGUUCACCAGCAAUUGUUUCCAACUGUUCACCAGCACUUGUUUCCAACUGUUCACCAGCACUUGUUUCCAACUGUUCACCAGCACUUGUUUCCAACUGUUCACCAGCAAUUGUUUCCAACUUUUCACCAGCACUUGUUUUCAACUGUUCACCAGCAAUUGUUGCCAACUUUUCACCAGCAGCUGUUUCCAACUGUUCACUAGCAAUUCUUUCCAACUUUUCACCAGCAGCUGUUUCCAACUUUUCACCAGCAAUUAUUUCCAACUUUUCACCAGCUUAGCUUCACUUUGGUCCAGGUUUAAUGAGAGGCUUGUGUCACACGACCUAAGUCUAAUGACAUGGUGAAAUAUCGGCAUGUAGGGGGCUAUCUGUAUAUUCAACCGGGCGCUGGUAGAGGUUAGCUGUUGGCGGAGUAGGUUGUGGCGUACAUCCUGUAGUGUUGUGCCGUGACACUGUUUGGUGGUCAUAUUGCAGAUGGGGGGAGUUGGUGUUCAAUGUUGUUUAGGUCGGAUUAAAUGCGAGUUAAGUUGAAUCCCACUGGGGUGAAAGUUAAGAUGAAAUUGACCUGUGCUCAUAAAAAAUGCCAUUAGAAAAAUACAAAAAUAAAACAAAUAAACAACAAAACAAACACAUAAAUAAACAGACAAUGACACUUAAACAGAUUUGUGUAUCCUCACCAUUCCCUAUUUUCAAAAGAUAGGUAAAAUAUACAGUAAAUUUAAAGCUAUGGCAUUUAAUGUAUCUACCGAAAUUACUUGACGUGACCGAGACGAAAUUUGUCCUACUUGGAUUCUCUCUUCUUUUGAAACACUGAUUAAAAAAUGGUGACGUUUUAAUACGCAACCUCAUUAAAUAAGAAAGUUGAGACGUCAAGGGAAUGCUAGUCCAAGACCUGUCAAAAUUUAGCAUAUUGUAAGAUGGUGUGAUCAAAUCCCCUGUAACAUAUUGUAAGAUGGCAUGAUCAAAUCACUUGUAGCAUAUUGUAAGAUGGCGUGAUCAAAUCACCUGUAGCAUAUGGUAAGAUGGCAUGAUCAAAUCACUUGUAGCAUAUUGUAAGAUGGCGUGAUCAAAUCACCUGUAGCAUAUGGUAAGAUGGCAUGAUCAAAUCACUUGUAGCAUAUUGUUAGCUGGCGUGAUCAAAUCACCUGUAGCAUAUUGUAAGGGGGCGUGAUCACAUCACCUGUAGCAUAUUGUAAGAUGGCGUGAUCAAAUCACUUGUAGCAUAUUGUAAGAUCGCGGGAUCAAAUCACCUGUAGCAUAUUGUAAGAUCGCGGGAUCAAAUCACCUGUAGCAUAUUGUAAGAUAGCGGGAUCAAAUCACCUGUAACAUAUUGUAAGAUGGCAGGAUCAAAUUAGCUGUAGCUUAUUUUAAGAUUGUGGGAUCAAAACAACAAAGCAAAGACGAAUCGGCUACAUACACAUUAGGAUUAUUCAGCCGGGAACUCCGUUCGAAUGAAAAGCCCAGACUCUGUUCCACAGUAUCGAUGCUCACCCAAGAACCUAACAGCUAUUCUGACCAGGCAGUGAUUCACCGAAUGCUUUGCUAUGGACCAAUUCGAGGGACCAACAAGAACUCAGAGACUUUUAAGACUGAAAACAAUACGUGCAAUACACUGAAACCAUAUUUCCAUUUAUUUAGAUCAAUAAAAGCAUCUUAUUUAAUCUGAUUUUGUCAUAUAUUGAAACUAAAGCUGCUCUUGGAGAUAGAAAGCCUGCAUAUUUUAUUCCUCGAAACAUUAUCGCGUCAGAAAUGGCGCACAUUUAAAAAAAAAAAAAUUGAGAUAAUAUAUACGUAUUUUUCAGAGCAGUAAAUACCCGUGUACACAAGUGCUAACGUCCCCUGCACACAAGUUGAACUCGUCGUACUCCUCAAUGCUCAAACUAGGAUGUUCUUUUCGGGUCAUCGGUGUUGGGGCAAAAGGGAAAAAAAAAUAGAUCUUUCAAUCUAUCAAAGCGGAGCAUUGCUCCCUAGGCAGGCCCGCAGGGGGGGCAGGGGGGAGGGGGCAAAUGCCCAGGGGCCCGGCGAGUUUUAGGGGCCCGGCCCGGGCCCGCAACCAACUUGUGAAAAUAUUAUGAUCAGCUAUAAAAAAUGUAUGACUUAUGCUUUUGUAAAUAUAACUUAACUAAACUUAAUUACAAUCAGAUUAAACUUCAAGCAUCUGAAUCAUUCCGUACUUAUUUACAAUUUUAUCAUUUUUAUGCAAUAGGCUUUGUCAUUUCUCAGACCGGAAAACGUAAAAGCGUACUAUUUUUAGAAGGUCGGCGGACAAAUAUUGCUUAAAACAUGGCAGCUUAGAGUGUGUUUCAGCAUAUCGUUCGGACGAUCCUUGUAUCUAGAGUUGCUGUUAUAUAUGCCGUUUGCGCAAUGAAGUCCCAUUUCAGAAAAUAGAAGUAAAAAAAAAUGUGUAAAAUAUUUCGUAAAAUAGAGUUGUAAACACGUUUCAGGGACACUUCGCUACAUAGUAAUAUUGAACAGUGUUGACAUUUUGUCCGCGCUGAGUACCCGGAUGAUCAGUAAUGGUGACAUCAGUUUUAUUUAUAGAUUUCCGCCAUUAAAUGACAAGCCCUAUUCCGUCCAUCCGUCGUCUGAGUACUUUCUUCUGCUGAAAUAAACAUCAAUUUUUGAACACGAGUCCCACGUGACACGACCAGAGAGAUCGGGCUUGUUAAAUUCGGCCCGUGCCGGUCUCUAUUUUGAACACGCCCACACGAUCUGUCAAAAUUUUUAAAAAUUCUCAUAAAGCCUAAAGAUAGUUUUAGAGGCUCAGACCUCGGGGGGCCCGUGACAGCCCUGCCUAGGGGCCCGAAAUUUCUGUCGACGGGCCUGUCCCUAGGCUCUCAUAGACAUUAAAAUAUCACACUAUUAAAUUAUAAUCAUUAAAUGAGCUCAUUUGACAUAUUCUAAAGCUGAUAUGUUGACAUCUAAAACUAAUAUGCUGACAUCUAAAGCUGAUAUUCUUACAUAUAAAGCUGCUUUGUGACAUCAAAAGCUGAGAUGUUGACAAUCUAAAAAUGAUAUGUUGCCAUCUAAAGCUAAUAUGUGACAUAUUUUAAAGCUGAUACUUUGAAAUUGAAAUAUUCUAGAGGUGAUAUACUGAGAUACUCUAAAGCUGAUAUGUUGAGAUAUUCUAAAGCUGAUAUGUUGAGAUAUUCUAAAGCUGAUAUAUGGAGAUAUUCUAAAGCUGAGAUGUUUUCAUCUAAAGCUGAUAUGUUGAAGUAUUCUAAAGUUGAUAUGUAGAGAUAUUCUAAAGCUGAUAUGUUGGCAUCUGAAGCUGAUAUGUUGACAUAUUCUACAACUGAUAUGUUGAGAUAUUCUGAAGCUAGAUAUCUCUUAACGCCUACGCCUCUGGUUGAGACCUAUUCAUAAAAACAUAGUCAGACGCAAGAAAUCAUACGAAAGACCAACACUUGUAUUUGCAUACAGCUCUAAAAAAGGUUCAUGUUGAAAAAAGACUUGGUCGCGGUGUGCCGUCAAAGAUGGGGCCAUAAAGCAAACACAAGCGAGGACGUUUGCUCAGUUGUAUUUGCGCCCCAAUGUCUCUUUCGUUCAGCUGACUAUCACACAGAUAGUGGUAUAGCUAUAAAAACACAGCUAGUGGUAUAGCUAUAAAAACACAGCUAGUUGUAUAGCUAUAAAAGUCUGCUGCAAUGGAUCACAUCCAAGAGCAGUGAUCGUUGCAUACAUCUUUUAUUUAAAACUUUGUUGUUCCUUAAUGUUUAACUUUAAGAUCCAUCAAAUAGGUGUUAUAUUUAACCAUAAACAUUUCCAUCCAUCUUCGUCAAAUUAAAGACUUUAGCAUAGCUUUUUUUUUUCAAAAUUGGGGUGCUCGCACCCCCAGUGGGAUUGAGAUGAGAUUUGAAGGGGUGCAAGGAAAUGUUAUUUAGAAAAUGGGGAGUCUAAGGUGCUAUAAAUGUUGAUGAAUACUUUUUAAAUAAUUUCUUCAACAAUAUAUUUUACACUUUUACAGUUCUCUUAAGUAAGUCGGUAAAUAAAUUGCAAUCCAAUUUUUGCGCCAAAUUAAAAUUACAUUGUUGCCAUUGUACGGUUGUCACACAAUUCAUAAGGGGCUGUGACACAAUUCAUAAGGGGCUGUGACACAAUUCAUAAGGGGAUGUGACACAAUUCAUAAGGGGCUGUGACACAAUUCAUAAGGGGCUGCGACACAAUUCAUAAGGGGCUGUGACACAAUUCAUAAGGGGCUGUGACACAAUUCAUAAGGGGCUGUGACACAAUUCAUAAGGGGCUGUGACACAAUUCAUAAGGGGCACACUGUGUUAAGUAUUCCCGAUGUGACACAAUUCAUAAGGGGCUGCGACACAAUUAAUAAGGGGCUGUGACACGAUUCAUAAGGGGCUGUGUCACAAUUCAUAAGGGGCUGUGACACAAUUCAUAAGGGGCUGUGAUACAAUUCAUAAGGGGCUGUGACACAAUUCAUAAGGGGUUGUGACACAAUUCAUAAGGGGCUGCGACACAAUUCAUAAGGGGCUGUGACACAAUUCAUAAGUGGUUGUGACACAAUUCAUAAGGCGCUGUGACACAAUUCAUAAGGGGCUGUGACACAAUUCAUAAGAGGCUGUGACACAAUUCAUAAGGGGUUGUGACACAAUUCAUAACGGGCUGUGACACAAUUCAUAAGGGGCUGUGACACAAUUCAUAAGGGGUUGUGACACAAUGCAUAAGGGGCUGUGACACAAUUCAUAAGGGGCUGUGACACAAUUUAUAAGGGGCUGUGACACAAUUCAUAAGGGGCUGUGACACAAUUCAUAAGGGGCUGUGACACAAUUCAUAAGAGGCUGUGACACAAUUCAUAGUGGUUUUUGACACAAUUCAUAAGGGGCUGUGACACAAUUCAUAAGGGGCUGUGACACAAUUCAUAAGGGGUUGUGACACAAUUCAUAAGGGUCUGUGACACAAUUCAUAAGGGGCUGUGACACAAUUCAUAAGGGGCUGUGAUCCUGACUUAUUCAAAAAAAACAAUUUGUUAAUGUGUAGGUACUAAACUUAGGGGUGCAAAACAGUUGAGAAGGUUUAGCCGGAGUCAGCGUAGAUCAUUGAAUCAAAUGUUGAUAGUGACCGACACUUGGUAACUGCCAAACUAUUGAUAUAGCUAAACUCUUCCCAGUGUCCAACACACGACAGUGCCGCAAACAUCAUGUCUUCCAUCACUACGAAUUCGGUGGCAAAAAGUCUGACACUCUUCUCUUGUAUUCAAAAGAUUAGCUGUAAACAUGGAUUGUAACUAGCUACUUUCCCAGGUGUUACAGUGCUAUGUAAGCGGACGACAGAGUGUUGGAUUGGUCUGUCAAGUAUUGAAGCUAUCUGUCGUCUUUCAGUCCAGUAAAUUUGCUCUAAACGAAGAAAGAUUUAAUAUUUCUUCCCCUACAUUGAUUCUUUAACAUAUAUCACACUAUUUUCUUAUCAUAUUAUGCUGCACUAUUUACAGACUUUCUAAAACAUACAUUGUAAGGUCGAGAACAGCGUUGGAAUGUUUCUGGUUAUAUUACAGCUUUCCGUACGGUUGUCAAAAAGUACUACAUUAUAUAAAUUUAGCUUGACACCUGAAUAGCCUGGUAUAAUCAAGCUACUAGAUCACGUGAUCCUAGCCAAUGGGACGUCACUUCCAAUGAGGUUGCGAAGUGAUUUCUGUGGGCUCACCACUAAAACAGUAUGAUUGAUGUAUUAAAAAUUGAACUAUCUCCUUGUACGCACCAGUCUUUGCGCAUUUUAUGAAUGUUUGACAAUUUCUAGAGAAGUGCGGCCCCAAUUAUCAGUGAAUUAAUUUGUUCAACUUUUUCUCCUUGUGUCAGCCCCCCCCCCCCCCCCACCCAAAAAAAAAAAUAAAUAAAAUAAAUAAUAACAAUCUAGAAAUAUUUAAAUCAAUUAAUACAACAAAGUAGGCCUAUUAAUUGGACCUAUUCAAGAUGUAAUGGGAUUAAAUGUUUCUUGGUAAGACCAGGACUGCGAGUUCAGAUUAAAACAAAAUAAUUUGACUAUUAAUAACACGAGGAUAGCAACAAUGUCUGUUUUGAGCUUUGUCAUGAAUACAGCUCAGUUUGGCGAUGUACAAUUUUCUAUUCCGGCUGCUCAGUUUAUUUUGCUUUUAAGUACAUUCAGAAAACGUAGUCCUGCAGACCAUUCCAUCAUUGGGUAUAUACAUAAUAUAUGCUUUGGGAGGGGUAGAAUUAUUUGUUUUCAUAAAUUAAACAUAGUUGAAAAGGAUAUAACACAGCAAGAUAGGAAUUUAAGUUUUAGACCAGGAAUAAGAGUCCUAGAAUGUUCGACUACUUCGCCUACAUUAACAUGCUUCCCGAACAUUCGUACGUCUCAAAAUUAACUGCUGUUUUUAGAAAUUGAAUAUUUUAAAUAUUUCAUCGCAUAAAACUCAUAAUUCUCUAUGAACUAUAAUGCGAUUUUCCAAGUAAAAAAAAAUAUGUUAAGAAUUUUUAAAGGGAACUUCCGGAAUGUAAUUACAUAUUUGGAAAUGCAAUGCGUUGUUCCAGAGAUUGUCUAUCUUGCUCAGAAAUUAGUUUUGAAAAUUUAAGAUUAUAUCAAGUUCAGGUAGAAGCUAAGUAAGUCCCAAAUAACCCAAGACGUCUUUUCUUUUCGGCAAACAGGUUCAAGUUCGUCAUUGCAGGAGUGGCAUCUCUGCUGGUUGCCACUGGCGUCAUCUUGGCAGUGGUGUAUGGAACAAGACAGAACAACACACCGAAGAGAGCGGAUCUGGUUGGUUACAGGAAAGCAGCAGUGGCGGCCGAUACAUCUGUGUGUUCAACUGUCGGAAAGUAAGCCUUGUGGACAGGGGAUAUCAAAAUUUAAAUUGAUAGAUUGAAGCUGGUGGUUGGGAGAUAAUUUUUUUGUUAUUUUUAGCAUUUAAUGAGAAAGUAGAAAUAUGUGAAUGGAAGAUUAUAUAUGUAUGAGAAAGCUUCAUCCAUAUUGAAUAAAAAUGCAUCGCUUUGUUUGUUUGUUUUUUAAAGAAAUUUUUAUUAUUUUAAUUUAGACUUUUGUAUUUUUGUUAUUCUUACAACCAUUUUUAUAGCUUAUAUUAAAAAGCUUGAUUAACAAGACGCGUGUCCUGUAAGGAAUGGCAUUCAAGUUCCUAUUGUUGUGGGCGAAACAAAUAAUUACAUUGUUAUUUGUGAGUUAUUUGGGGGGGGGGGGAUAUGCUGGAUGAGUUACAACAUUUUAUUUUGUUAUACUGGGACUGGACGACUCCUGAUUAAAUAAGCAUUUCUCGUUUUUCCCAAAAUACCAAUACCUUAAACAUUUUGAAAUGAUUAUUUUUCUUUGUAAGCAUGCGACCUACUCUAAACCUUUCUGGGGGGAACAAAUAAUUUCAUUGUUAUUUGUGAGUUUUUUGGGGGGGGGGGGAUAUGCUGGAUGAGUUACAACAUUUUAUUUUGUUAUACUGGGACUGGACGACUCCUGAUUAAAUAAGCAUUUCUCGUUUUUCACAAAAUACCAAUACCUUAAACAUUUUGAAAUGAUUAUUUUUCUUUGUAAGCAUGCGACCUACUCUAAACCUUUCAACAGAGAAAUCCUUCUUCAGGGUGGAAAUGCAGUUGAUUCUGCAAUCGCUGCUCUCCUGUGUUCCGGUCUCACCAGUCCACAGUCUAUGGGCAUAGGAGGGGGGUUCUUCAUGACCAUAUAUAACAGGUGAGACCUUUCUUUCUAUGGGCAUGGGAGGGGGGUUCUUCAUGACCAUAUAUAACAGGUGAGACCUUUCUUUCUAUGGGCAUGGGAGGGGGGUUCUUCAUUAACAUAAUAUAACAGGAGAGACCUUUCUUUUUAUGGAUAUAAAAGGGGGGUUUUUCAUAACAAUAUAUAACAGGUGAGACCUUUCUUUCUAUGGACAUGGGAGGGCGUUCUUCAUGACCAUACAUAACAGGUGAGACCUUUCUUUCUAUGGGCAUGUUAGGGGUUCUUCAUGACAAUAUAUAACAGGUGAGACCUUUCUUUCUAUGGACAUGGGAGGGGGGUUCUUCAUGACCAUAUAUAACAGGUGAGACCUUUCUUUCUAUGGGCAUGGGAGGGGGGUUCUUCAUGACCAUAUAUAACAGGUAAGACCUUUCUUUUUAUGGAUAUAAGAGGGGGAUUUUUCAUAACAAUAUAUAACAGGUGAGACCUUUCUUUAUAUUGGUAUAGGAGGGGGAUUCUUCAUGACAAUAUAUAACAAAUGUUUUGUACAAACAGAAAUUGGCAAUCCAGACAAAUUGGUGCUGAAAUAAAUAGUCACGUUUUGUCACCAAGUUUAUUACUUUGAAACACUCCCUACCCCCCCCCCCCCCCCCCAAAAAAAAAAAAACAAAGAAUAUAUGUUCAACAUCCCCUUUAUUUACUUCGAAGGAUACAAUACAUUUGAGUUCAGAGUAUUCUCUCUUGUUUUUCCUGAAAUAUAGGCUUCCUGUAUUUUGCCAUCAUCCAUGACAUAAAUAUACUCAACUGUUGCUAAUGAUGAUGCAUUUCAGGUGCAAUGCUUUCCAAAUCUUAUAGAUGUUUUAGUUUGUCAGUUUACAAUUUUAAAUAGAAAAUCAAAGGAAAAUAUCAGCUAGAAAAGUUGCUUGGGUAUGUUUGCAAAUUGAAACAUGAACAAGGAAAAAAGAAAUUGGUCAAUUCAGAAGUGAAGGUCUACUGGUCAUUGUUACGUCAUAUUAAAUUAAAUCAAUGAAGAAUACAAACUUUAGGGAGGAAGGGGGGCGGGGGAUGGGUAAGGUUGUAUGGAAGCAGUCUCUAUUCUCUGAUUAAUUAUUAGUAAAUAUGUUUUUUGUUCUUUAUUUGAAGUUUUAUAAUAAUUUGACAUUAAAUAAUCUUGGUUUCUGGAGCAACAUCUUGUUAUUGCAUCGACAUAAAUGGUUAAGGUAUAAAUUGAAUGCCUUUAUUGGUUUAUAAUGGUAAUUUAUCUCUCAUCAUUUUUUACACUAACUUUACUGAGCAUAAAAUUGUCAAAUCAUCAAGCAUUAUUUACUUAUGUCCCGAUGGAAGUAGGCUGACUAGAAGCAACUAUUUCAUUAAGUUUUUAAUCUCAGUUUUUUCAACGGUUAUAAUUUUUUUUCCCCAGAACAACUGGUAUGAAAACAAUCAUAGAUGCCAGGGAGACAGCACCAGAACACGCAACACGUGAUAUGUUUGUAGAUAAACCUGGAGCUUCCGCUGUUGGUAGGUCAUGACACUGAUAUGUUUGAGGGCUCAGAGUAUAGGAAAAGUUGUUGAGCCAUAAGCUUGCUUUUAAUGUUUCAAUUCCAUUGUACAAUUACAUUACAUUGCAAAUAUUUUUAUUUUGAAAAUUAAGAACUUAAACAGGAGACAAAGAAGAUUUGGUGUCAUUUAAAAAAAAAAAAAAACUCAACUUAUGAUUUUUGAAGAAAAUGUUUCUUCAACCAAAUUACAGCCAAAAAGACCAGCUGCUCCAUGACAGGUUGCCUAAUAUCCAUGGCCAUGAUUCCGCUUUUAGAGUUUAUAAGCUUUUAACUGCUAUGUUGGUUAUAUUUUGUUGUAAAAUAGAAUAAUUAACAUCAUAUGAUUUUUAAAUUGUUGUUAAAUAAUAAAUUAUAAAUAACUAAAAAUAUAUAUGUAUUAGAUUAAUUUUAUUUUAUUUUCUUGCAGGUAACUUGAGUAUAGCAGUUCCUGCUGAAAUAAAAGGCUAUUGGGCUGCCCAUCAGAAAUAUGGUCGUCUCCCAUGGAAGGAACUAUUUCAACCUGCCAUCAAAAUGGCUGCUGAGGGAUUUGUUGUUCCUAUAGGACUUCAUAAAGCAAUAAUAGAUGCCAAGCAGUUGUUAGAAACAGAACCAAGUCUAAAGUAAGCUUUAUGAACUUAUUAUCUUGAUAAAGCUUCAAGACAUGAAGAGGAACAAAUUUGUGGGGUUAGAGGGUGGUCAGUAGUAAUCACUUUCCUUGUGAUACUUUCCUUGUCCAGUAAGUUAUCCAUAAAUAAAUAAUAAAUUUGAAAAAAAAAUUAAGAUUAAAAAUUCUUUUUUGUGCACAGAAACAAAGAAGAAACAAAAAUAAAUGUUACCUAAAAUUUAAAAAGGAUAAUGAUAAUAUAAGAAAAUCCUUGAAUUAAGGUCACAUUAUUGGACUUAUUUUUAUUUUUUUCCCUUUUAUUUUUAAUUUUUUUUUAAAAUUUUUAAUCCUCUUCAUUAACGUUUGCUUUAAAUUUUUUUAUCAGAGUAGUUUUUAUGAACAACAAAACAGGUGAGGUCUUUAAGCUAGGUGAAAAAAUGACGAGACCUCAGCUAGCAGAUACGAUGAGAGUAAUCGCUAAUGAAGGAGUGAAUGCAUUCUAUAAUGGUUCCCUUACAGAUAAAAUAUUGCAAGACUUGAAAGACAUUGGUUAGUAAUGAUAAGCAUCAGAUAGGAGAGCUUACAUAGAUAACAAAUAUUUAGUAUUAGUUAAAAAGUUGAAAGUUAGGCUAAAAGUAGUUGUUCAUAUAAAUAUUUAUUUAAUGUGAAUUAAGUAAUUAUUAUAAAUCACAAAUAUUUUUACUACUGUUAGUUGCUAUGUUAGUUUUUGUUGUAUUUGAAAUACAUCAGUACAUAAAAGUAGUUUAUCAAUUUUGCUCAUUAAAGGAAACUUAUUUUUAUAAGUUAAUGAUCAGAAAUUUAACCACACAGUUUUGAAUUUUCUUUUUAUAAUAUUUAAAUUGUAGUGUUAACAUCUAAAAGAAGAAAAAAAACAAAAAUAUAUUUUUAAAUAACUUAUAUUUGUUUAUUUCAAAUAUUACAAAUACAUGUUUUAAAUGAAUUAUUUUGUUUCUUGUAUAAGACAGAAUAAACAAAGCAAACUUUUCUAUUCAACUCUAUACCAGGUUCAAUCAUUACCCGUAAUGAUCUCAUCAACUAUCAGCCUUUAGAGAAGAAACCUAUUGAAAUAACUCUCACUGGUGGACAAACAGUCAUUUCCCCCCCUGCCCCUAGUGGUGGUGUUGUGUUAUCCUUCAUUUUAAAUGUGUUAGAUGGUGAGUUUAUAUAUACAGGCAAUAUAUGUUUAGUUAUGUUUGCUACUGCUUAAAAUGGGAGAUGGUGAGUUUAUAUAUACAGGCAAUAUGUGUUUAGUUAUGUUUGCUACUGCUUAAUAUGUUAGAUGCUGAGUUUAUUAUGUACAGGCAAUUAUAUGUUAGCUUUGUAUACUUCUUAAAAAUGGGAGAUUUUCAAAAAGAAACAUUUUUAUGCAAAGUAACGAAACGUUUAUUUAUUUGUAACAACUUAAGGUCUAAAAUCUACUUGGGCUUAACUAUUUGUAAAAAAUUAGAGCCAAUAAUCUAGUUAGCUCAACAUUUUGGGGUUAAAAUAAUAAUUUAGCCUAUAUAAACCAUGUAUUCUUUACCACUCUCUAACUCUUUUACUAUUCUUUUUGAUUUGAUUACCUGUUAAAUUUAAUUUUCAUUUUUUGCAUAUUGCUUAAGUAAAAUAGAUAUAUGAAGCAAAAUUAACUUUUAAAUUCCUUUCGUUUACUAAGUAAAAAUAAAUAUUUUGCUUACUGCACCUUCUUUUAACCUUCAAGGCUACUACUUCACCCCAAAUCACAUCUCCACUGAGAAAGCAAAGACUUUAACUUAUCACAGAUUCAUUGAGACUUUGAAAUUUGCGUAUGCCAAGAGGACUGGUUUAGGAGACGACAGAUUUAUUAAUAUUACUGAGGUACACAAUUUUUAUUGUUUAACGCACACUGCUGGAAUAUUGUUGUUGACAUUGAAACCCAAUGUGUCGCUUGCAGUAAGUUCUUUUAGAUAAGUUAAUACAAGGUAUAUUUUAUAUAGGAUUAAGUUUAUAAGUUACUCUGGGGUAUCAAUCUGCAUUGGCAAAUAAAUUGGGAGAGUUUGGGGUGGAUAUUAUGGUAAUAAAGAAAGGGAUGUAUGUGAAGUAGCUGUGUGCUUGGGUUAAAAACAGCUGGUUGUGCUAGUAUAUAAACCUCCUUUAUUAGCUCUCAAUCAAAGCUAUCCUUUCUGCUCAUUAGACUGCAGUGUGUUUGCCUUUGUAUGUUGUAACUCAUUGCUGCCACUUCAUAUUGAAUACAAGUUUUCAUUUUGUUUAAAGAUUAUUUUUUUCCCAGCGACAUGUAGGAAAUUUUUGGAUAACAUUUCCUCAUGUGAAAUGACUAUAUAUCCUAUUUCAACGGAUAUGCUACUACUGAGAAACAUUCCUUUUCAUUCCUUUGAAUUAAGUCUUUUAAAUUACUUUUCUUUGUCAGCUUAUACGAAAUUUGACAUCUAAAGACUAUGCUGAUGCUAUACGUCAACAAAUAUCAGACAAUACAACACAUGACUACCUGUUCUAUGGUCCAACAUUCUAUUCCCAAAACACCACCAGCACAUCCCACCUGUCAGUGCUUGACCAGGACGGCAGUGCUGUUUCAGUGACGAGUACCAUCAAUGCCAGGUUUAGUUUUUUUAGUUGAAUUUUGUAUUUGAAAAAAAACUUUGUGAAUGGCUGUGAAUAAAUAAUUAAAAGUGGAGCAAGAUUUUCUGUUUUACUCAUACAUUAUUGAAACUUUUAAAAAAAUUAAUAACUUCCAUAUCACUUACCCCAAUGGUUCCCAAACCUUUUGACUCACGGAGCCCCUUUUUUAGUUUUAGAAUGAACUGCUGUAUGUGAGCCCCUCAUACCAACCCUGUGUCUGGCAAGUUUCAUUCAAUUUGUAUUCAUUUUAUUUCUUGAAGCAGCCGUGGAGCUCCUGAUAAGUUGGGAACCACUAAGCUACACUUAUAAUUCUUUGAUCAUUAACAAAAUUAUACAUGUCAUCAUAUCUCAGGUUUGGCUCUCAGCGACGUGGUAUGAGAACGGGUAUUAUCUUUAAUGAUGAGAUGGAUGACUUCAGUACUCCAAACAUGACCAAUGCAUGGGGGAUUUACCCAUCUCCGGCCAACUUCAUUGACCCAGGCAAGCGUCCACUUUCAUCUAUGUGUCCCGCCAUUUUCAUUGACCGCAAUGGAGAUGUCUCGAAGGUUUUAGGAGCCGCUGGGGGAUCGAAGAUUACAACUGCUACGGCAUGGGUCAGUUAUUUAGUUAACCUGAAGUCAGUUAAUGUUUAAGUAACUUUACCUGUUCAGAGUAAAUAUAAGUUAUUGAUAUUAUAGUUUAUAUCAAGUGACCCAGCCAAGAUGAUUUGUUUAAUAUUGCAUUUACUUUUAAUGUGUUUGAGGAUAGAAACCAUAUUUAAUUCUCUAUGAGCAUUUUUAUAAAAUUUUCUUUGUACUGCAGAUUUGAAAAAAAACAACUAAAAAUUUAUAUCAUUUAAGUGCAGCACACUCACUUCUUUCUUUUCUUGAUUUUUAUUGUACUAUAUAACAAAUAUAAAUAUAGCAAUAACAAAUUAGGCAAUACAAAUUACAACAAUAUAAAGCUUACAAAGGAAAACAUAAAAAUAAAACACUAUUUAUCUAUUCUUUCAAGACCUUCAGUUCUUUUUGCAAAAUAUUUGGAAAUAUGAAUUUAAAAAGAAAAUAAUCUUGGAAGAGAAGUUUAACAACACUAUGCACUAUUUGACUAUUUGCACUAUUUUCCUUUUAGCACUAUUUGUUUCUCAAUACGUACAAACUUUUAUGACAUUUACUUUUUGCAGUAAUUGCACUCAUUUGGGUUUGGUUUGUUUUGAUUCCCUUUGACAGGUGGCAACACAUGUACUCUGGCUAGGGGAGGGUAUUGAGAGUGCAAUUAAUAUGCCUCGUUUGCACCACCAGUUGCUUCCACCUUACAUUGAAUAUGAACCAGAUUUUGAUACUGUAAGUAAAAAACCUUGGUUCUUUUUUUAUAUUCAAACAAAAAAAUGUUAUCAAUAAGAUUGCAGAAGAAGUGUUUUUUAAAAAUUCCAUUGAUAUUGACAAUAUUACUGAAGUUUAGUUUUCUCUAUUUAGAAAUGAGAUCUUUUUGAGUCACCUGGUGUCGCCUCUGAGUGUAGUAAAUUUGCUUAUUCAUAUUAUAUUAUUAUAAUAAAUUAUAUCAUUUUAUCAUAUACUUCCAGUGUUUCCCCACACUCAGACUUUUUUCAGAACCCCGCACCAACUUGUUUUUCUCUUCACAUGAAGUGAACUGUCUAAUUCUUAACCAGGUCUUACAGAAUACCUUAUAGCAUUUUUUUGUAAAUUAGUUCCAUCAUUUUUAAGAACUUCAGGAUGUAUGUAAAAAGAAGAGAAAUUCUGUGCAGCCCCCCCCCCCCCACCUCCCUCCCCCCUUUAUAGUACCCCCACUGAUUACUUUUGAUAAAAUACUGUCUAAUUCUUAACCAGGUUUUAAAAAAUACCUUAUAGCAUUUUUUUGUAAAUUAGUUCCAUCAUUUUUAAGAACUUCAGGAUGUAUGUAAAAAGAAGAGAAAUUCUGUGCAGCCCCCCCCCCCCACCUCCCUCCCCUCUUUAUAGUAGCCCCACUGAUUACUUUUGAUAGAAUGCAUUAAUGGGCAAUUUAUACGUAUUAUUAAUGUGUUCUUAUUCUUUUGUUUUGCUCUGUUUACAGACCGUAUUAAAUAACCUAAAAAACCUAGGCCAUAACAUCAGCCUAGUUCCAGUGGGCAAGUCUAUUAUUCAGGGAAUUGAUGUCAAGAAUGGCCUCAUAUUUGCAAACAGCGACUAUCGGAAAGGAGGCACGCCGGAUGGGUUUUAAAAGGGACAUGGAACUUGUCAUCUUUCUUUUGCCAGAUUUUCCUGCAGCUUUGUGAUAAAAAUUGAGAUUUUGUAAAUAUUACAUGUCUGCCACUGGAUGAUACUAAUUUUGAUUUAAAGCACAGGAAAAACUCAGAACAUAUAGUUCAAAGUGUAUAAAUAAAGGAAUAGAGUUAGUUCAGAUUUGAUUAUAAGUCAUCAAAUAAGACAAGUGAUGAAAACAAAAGAACAUAACUCCACUGAUUCUUAACAAGGAAUUGCUAAUUUAUCAUUCCACUGAAUACCAUUCUAUGAUUUGUGGGAAGAUUCUGUGCUGAAUACCAUCCUUUGAUUCAUGGGAAGAUUCUGUGUUUUUUUUAAAACAUGAAAAAAAAAUGAAAUAUUUAUUUUUCUUAUUGAUAAAUCAGAUUUCAUAAGAUUCUCAAAUCAAGUACAGCAAUAUUAAAAUUGCUCUGCUUUUUUUUAAACAUAAUCUCUUGAUGGCUAUAGAUUUUAUUCAUUGGUCUCAAAUUUUAUUAAAAAUAUUUUAGUUUACUAGUGGUUAGAAUCAGAGCUGUUAGUGACUUUUGGAGGUUCUAUGUUACUCUUUGAUUUUAAUCCCCUGGCUACCUGGCAUGACAGAAAUAUUUAUUCAAUGUUCAUUAAAACCUCCUAAUUAAUGACAUAAAAUCUUUAUUUUAUCUUGACAUAUUUCAUGCUCAAGUAUCAAUAAAAUGAAAGGAAAAUUCACUGUGAUACAAUUUAUAAGAGAGAUAAAACAACUUAAAUUUCAUGAAAUAUAUGUUAAAAAAUUCAAUCAAGCCCAAAUUCUGUUCCAAACUGUUGUGUUAGGAACUUAGGUUUAUUAACAAAACAACAAAAGAGAUUCUAAGGACACUCUGACAUUCUUCCCUUUCCCUCAAUGCACUAACAAUUUUUUUACAAAUUUAAGACACAAUUAUUUUGAUUGCAUUUUACCCUAGUUCCAGAUCAUGUCAGAUUGAUGAUCAAAAAUUACUUGCAAGCCACUGGUUUAAAUGAGCUCUGUGUAAAAUCUUUGCUUCCUUUUGUGUUAAAUUUAUUUGAUGAUGUUUAUUAUCAUGUAGUUUACAUAAAUUUAAUGGCAUAAAUGAAUAGUUUUCUGGCUAAAAAGAUCUCAUUUUACAUGAGCAUUGUUGUUAUUCCAGAAGUAGACCUACAAGUUACAAUAAUCUCAUGUCAACAUUGAUAGCAACUCUUAGAGGAACAUGUAUAACAACAUUUAACCUCAUGAUCAUAAUUGUUACAAUCAUAAUUAUUAACAUCAUAAUUGUUACGAUCAUAAUUGUUACGAUCAUAAUUGUUAUGAUCAUAAUUAUUAACAUCAUAAUUGUUACGAUCAUAAUUGUUACGAUCAUAUGUUACAUUGAUGCCUGUAAAAACUUCAUCUCUCAUUGUUCAGUGGUAUCAUGAAAAAUGAAAUCCAGACUAAAUUUAUUCCCCAAUGUCUUUUAAUCUUCUUUACCAACUCAAGAAAAUAUAAAUAUGUAUAUAUUUAUAAUUUGUAUGUACAUGAAUGAUGCACCUAAAUUAUUUUUUCAUAUUUUCAUAUACAUAGAUUUUUUAAUUUUUUUAUAGAGAGGGGCUGGGGAGUGAAGUAAAUUUUGGUAGGUCUUAAGCCAGCGGUUCUCAACCUGUGGGUCGCGAGCCCUUUGGGGGACGUACUACCCUUUAACAGGGGUCGCCUAACACUAUCUGAAAACACACAUACUCCACAGUUAUAAAGUAUCAACGAAAAUAAUUUUGUAGUUGGGGGUCGCCACAACGUGAGGAAAUGUAUUGAAGGGUCGCGGGUUUAUAAAGGUUGAGAACCACUGUCUUAAGCUUAAGCAGCUCUUUUUUUCCAUAUUGUUCUCGGUCAUCUUCUCUCACUAUCUGUUGUAUGUGCUCACAUUCUCUGUGAUCUUCUCUCAUUAUCUCUUAUAUGUUCUCACUUACUACAUACAGAAAAGAAAGGGUUCAUUGUUAAAAGAAGUAUCAAUCAUUUAUUUCAUAUUGACUUUUGAUAAUACUUGAAAUAAAACAGAUUUGAGGAUAAUCAGUAGGCCUACCAGGCAAUCCUUAAAUCUUACCAGCAUUACAUAAAUUGUGUUUGGUGUUCAACUACUUUUGACUACACUUGACUUUAUCUGAUAAGGUCACAAGUUCCCGACUUCUAAUUGUAUAAAGAAGGAAAAUCACCGGUGACCCCAAAUCAUGUAUUUUAAAAAAUUAUAUUACGCUAAAAUAAAUACAUCAAAAAGUUGAUUUUUCCAAUGGACAUGAGGUAAAAAUUCAAUAUAAACAACCCAAAUCUAUAAUUAGACACCAGCUAACUUGUCGUAGGAUCAACACAAUCUGUUGUCUAUGCCAAAAAGUGAAAUGGGUGUUCUCAUUUCUACCUGAUAGUCCCACCAAUAGUUGGGGAUCUUUUUUUCACGUGACUAUUUAAGACAAAAGAAUGCUGGUUUUAAAAAUUGAACAUAACUUUAAGCUCAGCCAUUCUCAAUGUUUUUUUUGUGUUACACAAAAUUUCCCACAAGGCAACAGCUGAAAGGAUAAAGAUGCUCUUAAAGAAUUCGAGUCUGUCAUUGACUAUCAUAAUAAAAUCAAGCUUAUGAAAAUAAAAUUACAAAUUUUAAUUUCUUCUUCUUCUUCUUCUUCUAUAUCUUAAGGGCCUACGAUCAAUUUAUUGAUCAUUUUGGCUCCUAUGCAUGUGGAUGGGAUUUGCAAUGUUUCUGUUACUGGUGGUGAUGAGGAAAUUAUCCACUAGGGGUUUGAAGGCUUGAGGCAAUAGACACAAAUGUGUCUAGUGUUGUCGCCUCAACUGUUCCUUUUGAAAGAUGGUUCCAGUCCCUGAUUGUCUUGGGCAGGAAUGAGCAGCUCCUAUACUGGCUUCUUGCUGGUAUGAGCCUGAAUUGCCUGUCAUUCCGAUCUUCGUCAUUUCCAUCAGUCAGCUAAACAUCAUCACUGACACAGGAAUCAGAUUUAAAAAAAGAUUCAUCUUUAUCGGCCGAUGUUUGAGCAUCAAUAAUUUGCAAUACAAGAUCGUUUGUAUACAAAGUUGACAACCUACGUGGUCUAGCGACAGUUGAUAUUCGUUGUAUAUGCAGGGCCAUUGCAUUUUUUGCAAACGAUUCAACAUAAAUAAAAAAAAAAAUGUCAUGUCCAAAAACACAUGUUAAAUUCAAUUUCAAAUUGUAUUGCACCACCCACGGCAGUCGAGGGAUG